GUCCUCCCCCUCUCCAGCAGCAGCAGCAAGCAUCGCAUCUGCCGUGCAAAGGGCCAUGGAGGCGGACUCCCCUGCCCGGCAGGAGCCCCCCGGAGCCCGGCCGUAGAGCGGCAGCGGCGGCGGCCCCCUCCCCAUGAGCAACGCGGAGGCUGCGGAGCUGAAGCUGGAGGCUGCGGUUCAGGUCGGUGGGGGCUGCCUGGCGGCGGGAGCGGGAGCAUCCUUCAACGCCCUCCGGCAACCCGCCUUUCUUUCUUUCUUUCUUUCUUUCUUUCUUUCUUUCUUUCUUUCUUUCUUUCUUUCUUUCUUUCUUUCUGUGGGGGCGAAUAUCAUCUCCUUUUUGGGGGAACCUGGGCGCAUCUUCUGCAUACAGACUCCGAAGUUGGCGCCAGAAACAACCCCCUAAAAGUAGGACCCCUCGCCCGGCGUCUCGCUGAAUUCCCUUUAUUCUACUCUUUCUCUGCCUUUUAUGGGAAUUUCUCCAAAUUAGUCUUGCCUUGCGGGGCGGGUUGGAUGCUGGAAAAUAUUUGUACCUUUGGAUCAGGCAAAGGUUUGUAAUGUCUCCUCUCUUGAAGGCAAAUAUCUCUCUCCUCCCCCCCCCUUCUAGUUAUCCUUAAAAACAAACAAACUAGGUUUUGGUAGCUGAUCUAAAAGCUGAGGAAAGCAAGGUUUAAUCGUGAGGGAUUGCAUUAGAAAACUAAAAUCAACCCAAGUAGUUUACUGGAAAAGAGAAUAAUCUUAUUUGUGUAGGAGCUGUUGUUGGAUCCUUAGUGUUACAGGAGAUUUACAGGUGUAAAGCUAAAUUCUCGCUGCAAUCUGAAGUUGCAUCCCAGUCCUCCGCCCUGAUUUAACAGGAGGGCCAUCAUCUAAAGUAAAUGUAGCCUCACUCUGGAGCAGUGGCGUAGCGUGGGGGGUGCAGGGGGGGCCGGCCGCACCGGGCGCAACAUCUGGGGGUUAGGGUUAGGGGGCGCAAAUCCACAGGUUAGGGGGCACAAAUUACUUGCCUUGCCCCGGGUGCUGACAACCCACGCUACGCCACUGCUCUGGAGUGAAGUCUUCUGCACUCCUUAGGACUUUGGUGACUCUGAAGGUGUUGGACAGGGGUCAGCAAACUUUUUCAGCAGGGGGCUGGUCCACUGUCCCUCAGACCUUGGGGGGGCCAGACUAUAUUUUGAAGGGGGGAAAUGAACAAAUUCCUAUGCCCCACAAAUAACCCAGAGAUGCGUUGUAAAUAAAAGGACACAUUCUACUCAUUUAAAAACACGCUGAUUCCCGGACCAUCCGCAGGCCGGAUUUAGAAGGCAAUUGGGCCGAAUCCGGCCCUCGGGCCUUAGUUUGCCUACUCAUGGUGUUGGAAGACUCUGUGGGCUUGAUCCAGCGAGAAGGAGGCAUGAUGAAGUCCCAUCAAACAGAGUAAACUCCCCAUUCCAGCCACUACCUCUCAGCCUCAGCUCCCCUUCUGAACCAAAGGUAUAACUAUACUUAGCUACCUUGCAAAGUUGUUGUAGCGUUUGUGCAAGAGGGGUUGCUCAGUUUUGGGGAGCGCUUGAUGAAGAACAUCUGGGCCAGUUGACCAAAAGAUCCAGGGUUGGUUUUUUUCAUGUCUCCAUCUUCUUCUUACAUGAACAGGUUGGGGAAUGUGUCUUGAGUCUGGGAGCUAGGGGGAGUAGUAUAAUUUUCUUCUUCUUCUUCUUCUUCUUCUUCUUCUUCUUCUUCUUCGGCAAUCACUCAUAGCCAAGUAAGAUUGUCUUCCAUAAAUAUGGUUUUAACAAUGAGUCCAUAAGUGACUGUGGAGGCCAAUUCUGGAUCCACACGUCCUUCCACAGUGGGGACAUUGGUUUCCGGGCGGGAGUUGAUCACAGUGUGGAUUUGCCAAGCAUGCCUUCCUCUUAGCACGUUUCUCCCUUGUGUCCCGAGUUCGAGUGUCUUCAAAGCCCAUGACACCUUUGGUAAAGGCUGUUCUCCAACUGGAGCGCUCGUGGGCCAGUGUUCCCCAGUUGUCAGUGUUUAUCCUACUUUUUUUAGAUUUGCCUUGAGACAGUCUUUAAACCUCUUUUGUUGACCACCAGCAUUACGCUUUCCAUUUUUAAGUUCUGAAUAGAGUAGUUGCUUUGGAAGACGAUCAUCAGGCAUCCGCACAACAUGACCAGUCCAAUGAAGUUGAUGUUGAGUGCCUAAGUUUGGGGGCGGGGGAGCUUCUCCCUCCCCCACACUUCGCAAAGAAGUCAGCCAAGUCCUGAGUCCCGUUUUGGAGGUGACCUUUAAACCUUCUAUGGGAUAACAAAGGGCCAAGGAGGCACAUUUAUUGGAUUGCUGGGCAUUAGGGCACUAAAUCUGGACAUCCUUUUAUACUGAAGCCGUGGAGGAACAGGGUCCCAAGGCAUGGUGGGGGGGGGGGGGCACUGAUUCAAGGUCCGGCCUGGGCAAGGGACAGAGAUGCUCCCCUGCCCCAAAUUGCCCACUUGAGUUGCCCACUUCCCUUCUCUUUCCACCUUCCCAAGCCCAAAGCCACAAUGAAGUACUGAGCCCCGUUUGCGGCCAGGCCCAGUCGCUCAUUUUUGUCCCUUCUCCUUGAGUUUCAUGGGCUGGAGAUUCUGGGAGAAGGUUGGGUUUUUGUACUGGGGACCCCCACUCCCGAGACAGGCCACCCUCUGCUGCAUGAGGAUAGAGCUGCCCCCUAAGUGCUGAAUAUGUUCUGGUCUUAGGCAGAUUUUCCCCCCACCCCCGUGGAUUCCUUCUGGGGUUACUCAUCUUCCCUUGCAGCCUGCAGGCUGCUGCCUCGCUUGGCUCACCCAGUGCAGUCCCAGUUCCUGAACUGGGCCAGGGACUUGGGUCGGCCUGCAUGGAAAUUUCAGUUCCACCCAAACCACAGAGUGAAAUAUAGUUCACUGACUGCUAUAUAGGUGUGUAAAACUACAGUGGUACCUCGCAAGAGGAAUGCCUCUCAAGACGAAAAACUCACAAGACGAAAGAGUUUUUCGUUUUUUGAGUUGCUUCACGAGACGAAUUUCCCUAUGGGCUUGCUUCGCAAGACGGAAACGUCUUGCAAGUUUGUUUCCUUUUUCUUAAAACCGUUACAGUAAUACAGGGUGCAUUGCUUGAAGAGGAGCAGUUGCGACUUGACUUCGGGGAGCAACUCAUAGCACGCGGUGUGGUAGCCUUUUUUGAGGUUUUUGAAGAUUUUUUUGAAAAAAUUGAAACUGUGCUUCGCAAGACGAAAAACUCGCAAGACGAAAAAACUCUCGGAACGAAUUAAUUUCGUCUUGCGAGGCACCACUGUAUAGAGAAAGUUCAUCUGGUUUUUAAUUUGGCAAUGAUAUUGAUGUCUCUGUGUGUGUGUGUGUGUGUGUCCGUGUCCCAGAGACAGGGCACUCUUAUUCCCAUCUUAUUGAGGACUCAAAGAGCCCAAAGCCAAGCCAGGGAGCCUGGAAUAGAGGCAAGAGGCUCCCUCAGUUCUCCUGGCACCAGAGGCCAAUUUUUCACCUGCUGGGCAGCUGGCAACCUUUUUUGGCCAGUGUGGCUUGUUCCUGCACCGUGCUGCCUCUGCAUCUUGCAGUUGGACAAGGCCAUCUUGGGCUCCCUGAGAAGCUGUCUUGGCCCAGAGGAGACUCUGUCUUGGCUUCUUUAGGGCUGGUUCCUGGUUGCUGAGACUGGCUUGUUCUCACCCUGCAGAAAGUGGAAGACAGCAUCCUGAUCUCAGCAGAAGGGAAGAGCCUCUCUGUCAGGGGCUCCUGCGAAGACUCUCCACCCACCCGCUUGCCGGCUAGGAUCCGGGAAAUCGUCACCAAGAACCUCUCGCAAAGCGAUUGCCAAGGUAUGUUUGGAGAAGACGAUUCUUCUUGGAACUGGGGAACUGUGGGCUGGGAAGGGAGCCUUCUUGGCUGCCUCCCUCGCUAGGCUCUUCAUCUCCUGGCCUGGCCUGGUUUCCCCUGCAAGCAAGACAGAGAGGAGGAGGCAGCUGAUCUCCACUCUGGCUGGGCACCUGGCAGGAUGGACCCUUUCCUCUUCCAACUCCUGGGAGGUGACAGGUGGAAAGGAUGAAGCCAAUUCCUGACAUUCUGGUACUCCAUCUUGUUGUAUCCGACACUUCAUCCUCUGCUUUUUUAAAAAAAUAAUUAUUUAAUCAUUUUUUUCAAUGCAAACAGCAACCACAAAAAACACAUACAGUGGUACCUCGGGUUACAUACGCUUCAGGUUACAGACUCUGCUAACCCAGAAAUAGUGCUUCAGGUUAAGAACUUUGCUUCAGGAUGAGAACAGAAAUUGUGUGGUGGUGGCGCGGCAGCAGCGGGAGGCCCCAUUAGCUAAAGUGGUGCUUCAGGUUAAGAACAGUUUCAGGUUAAGAACGGACCUCCGGAACAAAUUAAGUACUUAACCCGAGGUACCACUGUACAACGAAAACCACAACGACACUAAUAACACAAUUUAACAAUUCAGAUUUGAGUACUGAUAUACCGUAUUUUUCGCUCUAUAGGAUGCACCAGAUGAUAAGAAGCACCUAGUUUGGAGGGGAGGAAAACAAGAAAAAAAAUAUUUUGAAUCCCAGAAGCCAGAACAGCAAGAGGGAUCUGGCUUCUGGGAUACUGUGUGGCUGUUCUGGCUUCUGGGAUAACCACGCCAAGCCUCUUCAGGAUAGCGGGAUGAAGGCUCCCCCUGCCCGAAGAGGCUGCGCGCAGCUAAGGAAGAAGCCAGGACAGGCACGUCGCUGAAGGGGCGCUGCGCAGUUCUAUCUCUCUGCGCAGCGCCAUUCACUCCAUAAGACACACAUUUCUCCUUACUUUAUAGGAGGAAAAAAGUGCGUCCUAUGGAGCGAAAAAUACGGUACCUAUAACUACACCUUUUUAACAAUAUUUCCCCACCUCUCCUCCCCCUACUUCCCACCGCUGUCUGCCUUAUCGCUUAAGUAUUCCUUCCAGAUUUUUUUCAUAUUUAUCCAUUCUUAAUUUGCGUCGAUCUGCAAUUCAUUUGUAUGUAGCUAGUCUGUCCAUAUUGUCAAUCCAUGUGCUCAAUGGAAUCUUUUUGCGGCUCUUCCAAUUCAUCAAAACAAGUGUUUUUUUGGUGUCUAAUAUGACAUUUCAUCCUCUGCUGAGCUUCAGGACACCCCCGCCCGGCCCACCUGCCUGUCACCCCUUCUGGACAGGACAAGGAGGCCAAACUGUGCCAAGCUGGCCACAGUGCUGCUGGCUGGGCCCGGGGGCUUCGUGCUGCUGUGACACGCUCUGUUUCCAAACAAUACCUGGGAAGCGAAAGGAAUUCGGAACAGAUGGAUGAGGAGAGAGAAGCAGAAGGAGGGAAGGCAGCAAAUAGGAAGCUCUCUCUGUAUGUGAGAGGGAGGGAGAGACUCUGUGUGAGUGACUCUCUUUUAAAAAAAAAAUUUUUUUAGUCAAAAUUAAAACAAGACAUAUUAUCCAAAAACAUAUCAUCCUUGUUUUUUCUCCCAUUUUUCCUCCCUCCCCCCCUCUCCCACACAAAACCCACCCACCCCCACCCACCGACUUCCCUCAGUUCCAGUCUUUGGUUUCUCCGAGACUGCUGUUUUCUGCAUGUUACAAAGUUGUAUAGAUCCUCAAACUAUUUAGCUGGUUAUUAUCAAUAAAAAGUUUGUGAAUGUUUAUUCAAAACCUGGAUUGAACAAGGAGUCCAGUUCACUUUGUUGCGUCUUCAGAUACUUUGUAAAGGGUUCCCAUUCAUCCUUAAAGUCACAGUUAUCCUUGUCCCGUAGCUUAUAUUUCAAUUUUGCCAGUUCUGCAUAGUCUGUCAAUUUUUCUUGCCACAAUUCUUUAGUUGGGCUUUCUUCAGUCUUCCAUCCAUGUGCUACCAGAACUCUUGUGGCCGCUGUGUGAGCGACUCUCAAUGGGUGAUGCACCGUUGCGGAACUCACAUAAGACAUCAGAAGGAGUCUGGCUGCUGCUGCUGGAUCAGACCCAGUUUUAUGGUGCUCACGGUGACCAGACAAAUGCUCCCGCAAGACAGGGAAGGCAACAGCUUUUUCUUGCUGGCGCAUUUGGGUAUCUGGCUUUCACAGAUAGACUGCUACUUCACAUGGAGGUCCAAGGCAAAGCCCACGGCUUUUUGCCACAGAUCGUGGCAGCAAAUCCUAUAAAUCAGUUGUGCAUUGAGGGGGAGGGCGGCUGACGCCGGCACCCACAGUUCAAGAAGAAUGAACUUUACAGUGUGGUUGCAAAGGGGAGCAACCCCUCCAUUCCUUCCAUGGUCGCUCAUCCCAAUAAAGGGGAGUCUCUGGGGGUUGAAAUAAAAGGCGAAAACUGUAGGACCCCUUCUGGGACGAGGUGAGCACUGCCUCUUCUCUGGCAGAAGCUGCCCCAUUAGCAACAACCUGUUGCCGAUGCCUUUCCAUCCAGCAGCAAGAAAAUGUUUGCAAAUGUUCUAUGGCAGGAACGUCCAACUUCCAAGAUCUACUCACAUGAUUAAAAUCUGGCAGUGAUCUACCCCUUUUUGGGGUAUUCAGGUCAAACUUGUUGAUCUUUUUUUAGGCAGGAACAUCUCGUUUUGGGGGGAGGUUCAGGUCAAAGUUGUCAAGCUUCUUUUAGGAAGGAAGAUCCCGUUUUUUGGGGGGGGGGUUGUUCAGAUCUAACGAAUGGAAAGAGGCGCUCAGCAAUCGAUAAGGAGACAGUCAGCAAACUCUGACUUCCGUUCUAGUGAUCUAGAGGGUGGGGAGGGGGAGGUGCCAGAUGGAGGAGCCACCGAUCUACCGUGAUCUACCAAAAGCUCCCGGGGAUCGACCAGUCAAUCCCGGUUGACCUGUUGGACACCCCUGUUCUGUGGCAUCGCAACAGUCCAUUAUUUAGCACACCUGUAUGCCAGAUGUUCUGGCAGUGCAUCCCAAGUUCCCUUGCUUUGCUUUGCUUUGCUUUGCUCUGUUUACAGUGGUACCUCGGGUUACAGAUGGUUCAGUGGUUCUCGGGUUACAGAAAUUGUGCUCCGGCUGCACAGCAGCAGCGGGAGGCCCAAUUAGCUAAAGUGGUGCUUCAGGUUAAGAACAGUUUCAGGUUCAGAACGGACCUCCGGAAUGAAUUAAGUUCUUAACCGAGGUACCAAUGUAUCUCUUAAACUUCUCUCCUGCCCUUCGUUCCAAAGGGAGCCCAGGGCGUCUUGUCCAACUGCGGAAAUGCAUUUGAUGCGUGUGUGUCUGUCUCUCUACCUCUGUGCUCCUCUCUUCCCACAGUGGCCUCCCACGCCGAGAUGUCGUCCUUGCUUUCCCUUCAGGAGGAGAACCGCAUCUUGCAGCAGGAGCUGUCCCGGGUGGAAGAUUUGCUGGCCCAGAGUCGGGCUGAGCGGGAUGAACUGGCCAUCAAGUACAACGCCAUCAGUGAGCGGGUAGGUGCAGGAGGCAGGCAGGGUCUUCUCUACCCUUCCCAGUAGGCCUUUUCUUUCUUUUUUUUUUAUAAAUAAUUUUUAUUUAAGUUUUGAACAACAAAGGGAAAAAAAAAGAAAAACAUACACAAUACAUAUUUCAAAAAAAAGAAAAAAAGAUAACAAAAACACGCAGAAAAGAACACAAUAAAAAACAAAAAACCUAACAAUUAAAAACAAUAUCUCUUUUCCAUUUCCGUUUUUUUAGUUUACUUAUUUUCUGGACUUCCUCAUACCUCCCUCUUUUGUAUUCCAAUCCAAAUUGUUUGUCCAGCUAUUUCUUUUCAACUUUUUUAACCCCAAUCUUUAACUUUAAUAUAAUAUUGUAAUAUAUAUCUUCAAUUUCUUUAAACCCGAUCUUUAAUCUUAAUAUAAUAUAACAUUAAAAUUUUCCCUCUUAGUUGUCAGAUUUCCAUUUCUUUAAACAUUUUUAAUCCUAAUCUUAAUCUUAUUCUAUCAUUAACUUUAACCUGUACAGCUGGAAACCGCUUAUUUUCAGUCCAACAUCACUCUAACAUUCUUUAAUUUUACAAUGUUUCUGAAGAUAGUCUUUGAAUUUCUUCCAAUCUUCCUCCACCGACUCUUCUCCCUGGUCCCGGAUUCUACCAGUCAUUUCCGCCAGUUCCAUAUAGUCCAUAAGUUUCAUCUGCCAUUCCUCCAGCGUGGGAAGUUCUUGUGUCUUCCAAUAUUUUGCAAUGAGUAUUCUUGCUGCUGUUGUUGCAUACAUAAAGAAAGUUCUAUCCUUUUUUAACACCAUUUGGCCGACUAUGCCCAGGAGAAAGGCCUCUGGUUUCUUAGGGAAGGUAUAUUUGAAUACCUUUUUUAAUUCAUUAUAUAUCAUUUCCCAGAAAACCUUAAUCUUUGGGCACGUCCACCAAAGGUGAAAAAAUGCACCUUCAGUUUCUUUACAUUUCCAACAUUUGUUAUCGGCCAGGUGGUAAAUUUUUGCAAGCUUGACUGGGGUUAUGUACCACCUGUACAUCAUUUUCAUAAUAUUCUCUCUUAAGGCAUUACAUGCCGUAAAUUUCAUACCCGUGGCCCAGUAGGCCUUUUCAGGCAAAUGGGUCUAUGAAAUCUUUACUUGGCACCAGCAAGCAGGCAGUGCUAGUGAAUAGGUUUUAUGGUCCAGUCGACUCUCAUCUUUCGUGCAGGUUCUGUUCUAGGGAUAGCAUGUAAAGCCAAAAUAAUACUGUGUUACUUUUAUUGUUGUUUUAUUGUUGUUAGCCGCUCUGAGCCCGGCUUCGGCUGGGGAGGGCGGGAUAUAAAUAAUAAUAAUAAUAAUAAUAGUAAUAAUAGUAAUAAUAAUAAUAAUAAUUAUCCCGAUUGUGCAGAUCAAAUAUAACUCAUAGAAUUCCACAGGAUGUGGUAUUAGUGUGUGAAAGCAGUCCAGAUGGUGGAGUUGUCAGGUGCCAUCUUCACUUGGUCACAAGUGACCAACAGCCAGGGGCAAAAUGCUCCUGGCGCCUGGCUAAUUUUGAACACUGAAUGCAAGUAGGAAGACGCAGACUCUGUUGGGGUGAGGAUGGCUUGAGCUGUUUAGAGAUGUGCUGGCUCAGAGAGAGGGGUUCUCUGUGGACCCACCAUGGGAUUGAGCUCUGGCAAGGGAGAUUUGAGGAGCUGGAGAAAGAGAGGCACCAGAGGGCCCUGCCAGGAUCCAAUCUCCCCCUUCCAAAAACAAAAAAAAAAACCUGGCAAACGAGAAUGGGUCCCAUUAUUUCCUUGGUCAGUUUCCCAGCAUGCCCUGCUCCCCCCACCCCAGUCUUGUCUCCUGUAUUCAGAUCUGACUAAGGGUCUCCAUGGGAAACAUUUCCUGACUGCUUUCCAGAGUAUUGGGGGGAGGGAAUGGGGCAUAUUUUAUUCUUCCUCCAUGUCCAAAAGCUUUGGCCUGUCUGGACAGGUCCAGCUGAAUAGCACCCGGGCUGGUUGAGACCUGCCUCUUGGCUGUGCAGUUUGCAAAGGGGACACGCGGGUGUUUGCAUCUGCCCUGCCGCUCACGCUUGACCUGAAUUAGUGGAUUAAAGAACCAGGCAUGAAACACUUUGGAAGGAAGGAGGCACGCAAAAAACAACAACGUAUUGACAGUGAUCUCGUGCUCCGUAGUGUUCAAAGCGGGGCUGUCCAUUGGAUCAAAGAAAUCUCGGUAGGUUAGUUAUCUAGCUAGUUUCACCCCCCCCCCUCCGAAAAAAGCAUUCUUUGUGUUUCAAUUGCUACCAGGCCCCAUCUUACAAAUGUGAGGGAGGAAGGGGCUGGGCUGGUAGCAAUGCCUCUCCUGAGAUGGCACCGGAAUAAAUCAGCAAUUUUCAAGGGGCUGCCAAUGGCACCCCAGGGCUUUUUGUAAAAAAACAAAUAAAUCAAAUUUCAAGGGGCUGCCAUAAUCGUUGCAACAGCUUUGUACAGAAAGACAGUGUUGUCUUCCCUCUUUUGCAGCUGGGGGUGGGGAACUGAGGCUGAGAUUGGGGAGUCCAUAACCAAAGCAAUUGGUUGGGGUUUUUUUUGCUCCUGAAACCUUCUAGAGCUCUAAACCGGAGGGAUGUUUUCUUCAAAGCAUAGCUGGGUCUGCCUACCUCUUGGUUGUAGGCAAGGGCAGGAGAAACAAUUCUCCUAAGAAUUUCUGCUCUGGCUGGGGCUGGGGGGCGGCUCUUGGUUUGGGGGCUCCUCUCCUUACAAGACUGUAUUGGGAGCUGGGCUCACAUGCUCCGGUGACCAUGGCGACUAGCAGGAUAAUUUAAAUGGGCUGCAGGUUGCCAUGGCAGCCGUUGCCUGGGAAGAGGGCAAACUUCGCUCCUGCAUUUUACAUCUUGCGCCCAAUUUUCCCCCCAAGCCAUUUUUCUGUUAAAAACAAAAACAAAACCAUGCACAACCCUUUUGACAAAGCCUUUGAAAGUGGGAGCAAAGGGCAAUCUCCUGCAGAUGCUCUGUGUUUAAAUUGUCCCAGGCUUGGGAAGAUUGAUUGAUUAAAAAAAUGGUUUAGUUGGCUUCCCUGCCAAAUCGGUGUGUGUGGUUCAGUCUGGCUGUUAUUUCUUCUUAGCCUUGCGGCAGUCCUCUGCAGUCCAUCAACCCAGAAUUGGCUCCUUUGACAGGCUGUGGGCUCCCCAAGGCCCUCCGGCAACUGGUGCCCAGAGGGUAGACUGCCUUGGGACAUGGAAGUUCCAUGCAACAGCGAUAGGCAAUGGGCACAAGCUUAGAGGAGGGCUCUCUCGCUCUUCCUGGGAGUUGGGGCAGGCAAGGCUUUUAGGCACGAGGGGCCCUGAUCCUCCUCCCCUUUCUUUCCUGGGACUCCUCAGCUGGAGCAAGCGCUGCGCCUGGAGUCGGGUGAGCGGGAAAGGGAGGCAUUGGAGAACAAGAGCUUGGCUCAGCAAAACGUGGAGCUGCGCCGGCGGCUGGAGGAAGAGCAGGCAGGCUACAAGCGGAAGCUCCAGGCCUACCAGGAGGGCCAGCAGCGGCAGGCCCAGCUGGUGCAGAAGCUGCAAGCUAAGGUGAGACCCCCAUAAGUCCCUCCAUGCACCAGGUCGCACCGCCAGCGGCACCCCCAACCAUAACUGUCAACCGUCCCUUAUUUGGCGGGAAACUCCCUUAUCCCAGCGCCGUUUCCCGCUGCUGUCCCGGAUUUAUGAUGUCCCUUAAAUUUCCCGGGUUUCAUGCUCGCCUGGCUUGGGAGGGAAGCAGCGGCUCGGGGCCCUCUGCCGCGAGAGAAGGAGCGUGCAUGAGCUGCCGCGUCUCCGUCUCUCCCUUUUCCCCCUCAGGGGCGCGUCAUGAGGAGACGGGUGGCGGUGGGCAGGCAGGCAGGCCCUCUCUUGCGAGACUUCCGCCACGCUGCCAGGGGAAGCCGGAGGUGGCAGUGGCGGCGGCUGAGGAGGCGGCCUGAGGGAGGAGGAAGAGGAGGGGAUGGGGAGGGAUGCAGAAGGGCGGCACUUCAGCGGCCGUUGCUGUGCUGCAACUGCCUCAUGCCAGGCUCGUGGGCGGCGUGGGCGAGAGUCUCUCUCCCUCCCUACUUCUCUCUUGGGCGGGGAAGGGCCGAUGGAACUCCUCGCGCCAGGACGACGGCAGCCCCAACGUGCUGCUUAGCAUACCCUCCAACCAGUGCAGCAUCUUAGUGUAGUGAUUUCCCCCUCUGCAUCCCUUUCAUAACUCUAUUUUUAUAAAUCAUUUGUCCAUCCAUAGUUCACAUUUUUACUACAAGUUUUCUGUCAAUCCUACCAAUGUGUGUAACUCUUUGCAAUAGCUUUUCAAACAAAUUAUAAACUUUCCCCAUUCUUUAUUAAAGAGGUCCUCUUCCUAGUUUCUAAUUCUGCCUGUAAGCUUUGCCAUCUCGAUGUCGUUCAUCAGUUUUGCCUGCCCCUCUUCUUUGGUCGGAGUUGUAGACCCUUAGGAUCAUCUAGUCCAACUCCCUGCAAAACACAGUCAGUCGCAGCAAAAGCAGCAGGGCUCCAUCAGUGCCGGAUUUCUGUAUAAGCUAAGCCAAAAUCCCUUAUUUUGGCUGCUGAUCCCUUAUUUUCGAGGCUGCUGGUCCCUUAUUUUCAAAUCUGUAAGUUGACAGCUAUGCCCCCAACCCUUCCCCUGCCCCAUGGCGGCACCUGCCGGCCAGGUCGAUGAGUAGAACGGAACGAAACCUGGUUUUCAGCAUCAUGAUAUGUCAGCAGCUAAACCUCGCAAUUUACUGAUAUACAGUGGUACCUUGCUUGUCGAAUGGCUUGGCUCCCAAGCAAAUCGGCUCCUGAACGCCGCAAACCCAGAAAUGUGUGUUCCGGUUUGCGAACGUUUUUUGGAAGCCGAACGUCCGACGCAGCUUCUGCAGCUUCUGAUUGAAGCUCCUAUAGCCAAUCAGAAGCUGCGCCUUGGUUUUCAAACGGUUCCAGACUCCCAAAAUGCAUUAAGUUUGACAACCAAGGUACCACUGUAUUACGGUUUUGGAAAUAAGGAGCUCUGUAGAGGCAUCGGCCGGCUCCAUGGUUUUCCCUGUGUUGUGAUUUUUGCAGAGCAAACACACACACAUGCACCCCUCAUGAUUCGCAUUGCCGGCUCAAAAAUGAGGAAACCGAUAUUGCGAUUGGGGCUGGGCGAUAUAUAUGGUCCAGAACUGGUUUGAAGUCCCUAUACCUCCCACCUCUCUAGGUUGUCCAGUACAAAAAGAAGUGUGGGGAGCAGGAAGAGCAACUGCUUGAGAAAUCGACGGAGCUGGAGCAGCAGCGCCUAGUGGUGAGUGCCUCUUUCACGUGGUGGUGGUGGGGUCAGGGUCCUGCUUUCUGCUCCCUCUCUCCCUCCAGGCCUUGACCUGUCGGCUGUUUUUGCUUCCCAGAGGUGUGUGGUUUUCCCCUGUUGCCGUUGGGGUGCUCUUUCCCUGAAUGGGUGGCCCUCUUCACAUGCUCAGGAUCCCUGCACAUAUUUGAGGACUGGGAUUCGGUGUAGAAUCUUCUGGGGAGGGGGGAGGAAGCCUGGAUUAAGCCGUGCUUUUGUGCAUGUUCAAAUGAACACUGGUCCUUUCUGGACAUGCUCUGGCACAGAGUCCCGCUGCCCCAGCUUCUGGAGCUAAGCUUUUUUGAGCCCCUGCAUGUAUGUCAAAGCCGCAGUGGCAGCUUCUCUCUGCUCCCUUCUCCCGCAGAGCCGUCUGGACAUCACAGAAUCACGCUUGCGGCAGGAGGAGGAGCACAGCAGUGACCUGGAAAGUGCUCUCAUCCGGCUGGAAGAAGAGCAACAAAGGCCAGUGUAGGAGGGGGAGCAAGGCAGGGCGGGUUUUUUUUACAAGGCACAGCUCAUCCAAGUCACUAAACCCCAACCCCUUUUGUCCAUCCCCUAAGCAAGUGGUUCCCAAACUUAUUUGGGGACGUUUUUAGUGUGUGAUGUUGUGUUGCGCUUUUACUAAUUUUUUUUUUGUGAGCCUCCCAGAGUGGCUAGGGCAACUCAGUCGGAUGAGUGGCAUGUAAAUAAUAAUUUUUCAGAAAAAUAAAUAAAUUACUCAGCAACCCCCCUGGCAAUCGACCUAAUUUAAGCAAACAAACAGAAAGAUUCGGCGAGCCAUUUGCGUUCCUUUAUGUAUCUAUAUUUCUUUCUUUUUAAAAAUUUCUUUGGUUGUUCAAAUUAAAAUUUUACAGUCACAUUAUCCAACUAACAACAUAAAAACAAGAUUCUAAGGAAUCUCUUGGACUUCCCUCCUCCCCUUUGUGGGUCCUAUUGUUAAUCCUUUCCUCCUGCAUCUUUUAUGAUCAUCCAAAUCUUUUACCUCUCCAUCGUGUCCAAAAUUCACCAUUAGACUAUGAGUGAUAUUCCAAUCCUACUAACGAUUUUAUUUAUUUAUUUGUUUAUUUAUUGUAUAUAAUUUUUAUUAAUUUUCCAAUAAAAACAAAUUUAUAACACAAUUAAACAUUCGGAAUUCAUCACACGUCUUUUUUCUUUUAGACUUCCAUAAGCAAGUCUGAUAAUUUUCCGUAAUUAUUACAUAUCUUCAUAUUUCUUCAUUUAUAUUGCACUAUGUAUAUCUUAUCUUACCAUGUUAUUUAAACAAUAUUUCUACCAAACCUUCUUACAGAGCUUCUUGGAAACUUACAAACGUUAUAUCAUUAUCACAAAUAUUUUUAAUAUAUUCUGUAAAUUUAUUCCAGUCCUCAGUGAAUCUUUGGUCCCGUUGGUUGCGAAUCCUCCCUGUUAAUCUGUCCAGUUCUGCAUAAUCCAUUAAUUUCGUUCUCUAUUCUUCAAUCGUGGGCAUUUCUUCUUGUUUCCAUUUCUGGGCCACAGGAGUUCUAGCUGCUGUUACUGCAUACAAAAAUACUUUCUGAUGCUUCCUUUUUAUCUCACCACCUAAAAUUCCUAAUAGGAAUGCUUCUGGUUUUUUAACAAAUGUAUAUUUCAAUAUUUUCUUUAUCUCAUUAUACAGUGGUGCCCCGCAAGACGAAUGCCUCGCAAGACGACAAACUCGCUAGACGAAAGAGUUUUCCGUUUUUUGAGUCGUUCCGCAAGACGAAUUUCCCUAUGGGCUUGCUUCGCAAGACGAAACGUCUUGCGAGUUCUUGCGAGUUUGUUUCCUUUUUCUUAAAGCUGCUAAGCCGCUAAGCCAUUAAUAGCCGCUAAGCCGCUAAUAGCCAUGCUCCGCAAGACGAAGAGACUCGCGGAACGGAUUAAUUUCGUCUUGCGAGGCACCACUGUAUAUCAUUUCCCAGAAGCACUUCAUUUUUUUACAUUCCCACCACAUAUGAUAAAAUGUCCCUUCUUUCUCCUUACAUUUCCAACAUUUAUUACUCACUUUAUACAUCUUACUUAAUUUGACUGGUGUUAUAUAUCAUUGAUAUAUCAUUUUCAUAACAUUUUCUUUAAUUGUGGUGCAUGCUGUAAAUCUCAUCCCUUCCUUCCAUAAUUUUAUCCAAUCAUCAAAUUGAAUGUUAUGUCCAAAAUCUUUGGCCCAUUGAAUCAUAACUGAUUUAACCUUUUCAUCCUUCAGUUGCCAUUCUAAUAGUAAUUUAUACAUCAUAGAUAAAUUUUUAACUUCAUUAUUCAAUACUUCUCAUUGAAACCUGGAUUCUUUUUCAAAAUAGCCUCUUUCUGCAACCUCUUUUCUAAACAUUUCAUUAAUCUGAAAGUAAUGCAGCCAAUCAUUUACAUGUUCUUUCACUUCUUCAUAUGGUUUCAUUUUCCACUUACUUCCUUCUUUCUCGAUUAAACGCCCAUAUGUUAUCCACCUCCUAGUCAUAUUGAUCUUUUUAACACUCAUCACCUCUAAUGGUGAUAGCCAAUGUGGGAUUUUUGGUUCCAGUAGGUUUUUAUACCUACCCCAUACCUCAAUCAGAGAUCCUCUAAUAAUAUGAUUUUCAAAACAUUUAUGCACUCUUUUCUUUUCGUACCAUAAAUACGCGUGCCAACCGAAUCUAUUAUCAUAUCCUUCCUUCCAUAUCCUUAGAAAACUGUGUUUUCUAAUUUCAUCCAUUCUUUCAACCAACAUAUACAUGAUGCUUCAUAGUAUAACCUCAAGUCUGGCAGGGCAAAGCCUCCCCUCUCUUUUAAAUCUGUUAACAACUUAAAUUUUAUUCUCGGCUUUUUGCCCUGCCAGAUGUAUCUUGAAAUUACUUUUUGCCAUUCUUUAAAUAUUGCUACUCCUUUAAUUAUUGGAAUUGCUUGGAACAGAAACAACAUUUUCGGUAACACACUCAUCUUAAUCGUUGCAAUUCUUCCCCAAAAUGAUAAUUUCAUUCUGCCCCACACCUCUAAAUCUCGUUUAACUGUAUUCCAUACUGGUACAUAGUUAUUUUGAAACAAAUUGUGAUGAGAUGAUGAGCUGCUUGUGCGUAAAAUCGUAUCCCCUCAGAGUUUGUUCAAGUCCACAAACCUCUGUCUGUGACGGAGCCCCUCAGACAUGGCUCCUCUAGUCACUAGCAGAUUCCGACAGUGGUUGCUUUCGUAAUCGCUUCCAACAUAAAAGCUCCUUAACGGAAACACGUCUUCUGGACUCUCUGCGUGACAGUUUCCGGCGAGGAGUGGGUGUUCUUACAGGAGGUCCUGAAACCUCCCCACUGUUUUCGCUGGAAGUGUCUCUGAGCCAUCCCUCCAGCUCAGCUCCUCUCCCCCUGCUGGUUCCCUCUUCAGCUGCUGCGUCUCUCCCAACCUGUGUGAGCCCUUUCACCUCCCUGCUGGUUCCCUCUUCAGCUGCUGCGUCUCUCCCAACCUGUGUGAGCCCUUUCACCUCCCUGCUGGUUCCCUCUUCAGCUGCUGCGUCUCUCCCAACCUGUGUGAGCCCUUUCACCUCCCUUCCGUCCGAUGGCAGUUCCCUGACAUCCACCUCCCCUCCAGGGCCCCCUUCACCCCCUCUCGCCCCCUCCUCUACGGGCGGUGAGGAGGCAAAACCCGGAAUGAACUUCCUUCAUCUUCCGAUGUCUCGAACACUUCUCUCAACCUGUUGCGGUUCCUGGUCUCGAAGUACACCUCCUCCUCAGAGUCCAUCUCCCCUUCCCCUUCCGAGUCCGGGAAUCCUUCCAACUCCUCCCCCUCAUCAGUGGUCCCAAAGUAUUCCCUCCGGAACCUCUCCACAGGCUGAGGUUUCCUUGGGAACCUUUGAUGGAACGUUUCUAUCAAUACCUCGUCAUUGAUAUCUUCGACCAUUACCCAAGUGUUUUCUGACUCCGGUUCUCCUUCCCACGCUACCAAAUACUCCACCUGAUCCCCCUUCCACCUGGCGUCGAGGAUUUCUGCCACAUGGCUGCUGCAUUCUCUUUCUUCUAUGACCGGUCCCCGAGUGGCCAGCCCUUCUCGUCCCCUUUCGUACGGUGACAGUAACGACCUGUGAAAUACUGGGUGCAGUUUCAUGUGGUUGGGUAACCGGAGCCUGAAAGCCACUGGGUUGACCUGUUGAAUGACCUCAAAUGGACCCAACCUCCUGGGUCUUAAUUUCUUACAACCUCCUUUGAACGGCAACCCUCGGGUUGACAGCCACACCCUAUCUCCCACCCUUAUGGUUUCACCUUCCCUUCGGUUCUUGUCUGCCUGCCUCUUGUAUUCUUCCUUCGCCCUUUCUAAGUUGAGUUGGAGCUGACGAUGGAUUGCUUCCAUUUCUUCCACAAAAUGCUCGGCUGCCGGGACGCUCCAUCUCUCCCCAUCUCCCCUGGGAAAGCCCUGGGAUGACACCCAUAAUUAGCCAAGAAGGGGCUCAUCCCUGUGGACACAUUCUCGGCAUUGUUGUAGGCAAAUUCCGCCAGCGCCAACUUUUCUACCCAGUCAUUCUCUCUGUCAUUGACAUAACACCUCAGGUAUUGCUGGAGGACACCGUUUGCUCUUUCCGCCUGCCCGUUGGUUUCAGGGUGCCGGGCAGUCGAAAAAUUGACCUCCACCUGCAGUAAACUCAUGAGCUUCCUCCAGAACCUGGAAGUAAAUUGUUUUCCUCGGUCUGAGACCACCCUCAAUGGCACUCCGUGCAACCUAAAAAUGUGUUCUACAAAUAACUUCGCUGUCUCUUCCGCCGUGACUGCAUGCGAGCAAGCUACAAAGUGGCACAUCUUUGUUAGUAGGUCUACCACCACCAUGAUGGCUGUUUUCCCUUUGGACUUCGGCAGAUCAGUCAUAAAAUCUAUCGACACUGCCUCCCAAGGUCGUUCUGGGGUUGGUAAGGGUUCUAAUAGCCCCGCCGGCGCCCGCCUUUCCCCUUUGGCUCGCUGGCAUUGCUCGCACCCUCUUACAUACUCACGUACAUCUUCCCUCACCUUAGGCCACCAAAAUUCCCUGGUGACCAACCACAUGGUUUUGUGUUGUCCAAAAUGCCCCGCCGUAGGGCUGUCGUGCAACUGCUUGAGUACCCUCCCCUUAACUCUCCUUCAGGGAUAUACAGUGCCCCUUUGUAAUACAAAGCUCCAUUUCUUUCCUCGAAACCCCCUUGUUCCUCUCCCUCACCCCUAAGACCUCUGAGCUUAUUCUGGGCGUAUUCAUCAUUCUCUGUUUCCUCUACCAGUUCUCUUUGUCCCACCAAUGCCGCCCCACACACCCAGCGGUCCUCUGGAAUGACAUGUCUCUCUUCGGGUGCCCCUCCCCUCCAAAUAUUCUGGUUUGCGUGAGAGAGCGUCCGCCCUAAUGUUCUCUGGGCCUGGCACGUAAUUAAUCUCAAAGUUAAAUUUGGAGAACUCCUGGGCCCAUCUCACUUGCCGUUGGUUGAGCACUCGUGCCGUCCUCCAAUACUCUAAGUUCUUGUGGUCAGUGCACACUUGCACCUUAUGUUGUGCGCCAAUUAGCAGGUGCCUCCAUCUCCGGAACGCCUCAUGAAUGGCUAGUAGUUCUCGGUCAUACACCGUGUAGUUCCUCUCGGAUUUGUUCAGCUUUCGCGAAAAAAGGCACACGGUCUCCACUCUGACCCCUUCUUCCCUGGCUGCAGAAGCACCGCCCCAAUCGCUCUGUCUGAUGCGUCAGUUUCCACUCUCAUCGGUUUUUGUAAAUCCACAUGCAGGAGUUGUUGUUCCGAGGCGACGGCCCAUUGGCGUUCCUCAAAUGCUCGCUCCGCCUCCUCAGUCCACACGAACUUCUUCUUACUGCUGAGACAGUCCGUAAUGGGCGCCGUCAGGUGGGCAAAGUUUCGGAUGAACUUACGAUACAAGUUCCCAAAUCCUAGGAACCUCUGCACAUCCUUCUUUGUUUUGGGUGUUUUCCAUUCCAGCACCGCCUGGACCUUGCCGGGAUCCAUGGCCAAUCCCUUGUCAGACAGGCGAUACCCCAGGAAUUCCACCUCCUUGGUAUGAAACUGACACUUCUCCAGUUUCACCCACAGCUGGUUGGCUUGCAGCCUGCUCAACACUUCUCUGACGUCUCUCACAUGCUGCUCCUCAUUCUCAGAAUACACCAACACGUCGUCUAAAAGGCCACACAAUUCUUGUAAAGCAAAGGCCCCAGGACGUGGUUCAUAAACGAUUGAAAUGUUGCGGAGCCUGCUUGUAGGCCGAAGGGCAUAACCAAAUAUUCAAAUGCCCCUAAAGGGGUGAACAUAGUGGUUUUCCAUUCAUCCCCUUCCUUAUUCGUACCAGGUUGUACGCCCCCCUUAGGUCCAGCUUUGUGAAAAUCUUUCCCUUCCGCACCCUUGUCAAAAUGUCGUCAAUCCUGGGCAUAGGGAAGGCUACUGGUUCUGACACUGCAUUUAAGGCCCUGAAGUCACACACCAGCCUCGGCUUGUUCGUGUUUUUCUUAUCCACAAAAAACACUGGGCUGCCCCCCACCGCCCUGGACUCUCUAAUGAACCCUCUCUUCAGGUUCUUGUCAAUGAACUCUCUUAACUCCUGCAUCUCUCUGUCUGACAUGGCGUACAGCUUGCCUACAGGGAGCUGUGCUCCAGGGAGUAAAUUGAUUUGACAGUCAAAGGGUCUAUGCGGGGGUAGUUGGUCAGCUUCCCUUUCGCUGAAGACGUCACGGAGAUCUGCAUAUUGUCGUGGUACCUUCACGUUCUCUGUUACUUCAGUCCCUGCUAGGGUGGCUUGGACCCCUGCCAAACCCUUUCCCUCUUUGCAGUGUUCUAAGCAAUGUGCUGAACCAAAAGAAACCACUCUCUGAUGCCAGCCCACCAGCGGAUCAUGUAACGCUAGCCAGCUCAUCCCCAAUAUAAUGGGAGCUCCUCCCAAGGUGGCCACAUUAAAAGCUAUCAGUUCGGUGUGCCUUGCUACCUUCAUUAUCAUUGGGACGGUCUGCAAGCUGACUUCUCCUCCCAACAGCUCCCUGCCAUCGAUCGUGGUCACCUGCAGGGGCUGCUUAAAGGGAUCGUCUGUAUCUGGUGUUCAGCUGCAAACUCAUUGCUCAUGAAAUUGCAGGAGCUGCCUGAGUCCAACAGCGCCUUUAUCUUUAGAGGGUGUCCGUUUGGCAGCUCUAGCGUCACUUCUAUCACUAGGGCGGGUUUAGGAGGUUCUGGCGUGGGCACUCUCACUGCUCUUUGGCCUGGCUGCUGUGCCCCGACAGUGGCAGCCAGGCGUUGGCUUUACUUGCUCCGGUAUAUCUUCCUCUCUUCCAUCCACAGCUCCUACCAUCCCUUGCCAUUCUUUCCUCUGGGGGCAGACUCUGGCAAAGUGACCUGGCUGUUGGCAGAGAUAGCAUUUCCGGGCGCCUUUUCCCUCCUUUUUCCCCCUCACUGGGCUUUGAAACUGCGCGCGCGCGCUGUUCCGAUUUCCAUCGGCUCUGCCGGUGGGAAAGUUGGCUCUGGAAUGUCUGGAAUGCGGAACUCCUUCCAACGUUCCCCUUUCCCUUCCCGCCUCUCCAAUGCUCUCGCCUCCUGGCGCGCUCCUAUGGCCAGCGCUGAUUUGGUCAGCUGGUCCAUAGACUCCACCCUGGGCGCCCGGGAAAGUUCAUCUUUCACAGCCGAAGAAAGCCCUUCUUCAAAGAGCAUUUGAAUGGGUUCCGCCGAUAAGUCCCACCCCAAUCUGUGAACAAGCAUGGUGAACUCAGUCCAGUACUCACGGACAGAUCGGCUCCCCUGUUUGCAAGCCAUCAACUGUCUGCGCACCACUCCCUUUUCAAUAUCGCUGGAAAACAUCAGAUCCAUGGCGCGAAAGAACUUCAUCGUGUCCUUUAGGACGUCACUAUUUGCUGCCAUCAGGGGUCUAACCCAGUCUCUCGCCCCCUUUCAAGAUGCUCAAUCACGAAAGCCACUCGUGAUUCCUCGUCAGGGAAUUCAUCAAACUGCAGAUUGAGGGCAUAUUGCAUUUCUGUCCGAAAGCCAUGAUAGUUUUUGGGCUCCCCCCCAAACUUCUGCACCAAUCCUGGUACCUUUCUGGCGAGCUGGGUGGCUUUCCCCUUUUGGUCUGCAUCCUGAGCCCUCCUCUCCUCAAGCCUCGCCGUCUGCAUCGCUAGCUGGACCUCCAACACCCGGUACCUUUCUUCCAGGCUUGGACCCACUCCAGCUCCUGCUUCUCCGGUUCCGGCUGGGUUGCUCAUGAUGCCUUCUCCUGCACAAGCUGCUUUCAAAGACUGUCGGAAUGCUGUGAUGAGAUGAUGAGCUGCUUGUGCGUAAAAUCGUAUCCCCUCAGAGUUUGUUCAAGUCCACAAACCUCUGUCUGUGACGGAGCCCUCAGACAUGGCUCCUCUAGUCACUAGCAGAUUCCGACAGUGGUUGCUUUCGUAAUCGCUUCCAACAUAAAAGCUCCUUAACGGAAACACGUCUUCUGGACUCUCUGCGUGACAGUUUCCGGCGAGGAGUGGGUGUUCUUACAGGAGGUCCUGAAACCUCCCCACUGUUUUCGCUGGAAGUGUCUCUGAGCCAUCCCUCCAGCUCAGCUCCUCUCCCCUGCUGGUUCCCUCUUCAGCUGCUGCGUCUCUCCCAACCUGUGUGAGCCCUUUCACCUCCCUGCUGGUUCCCUCUUCAGCUGCUGCGUCUCUCCCAACCUGUGUGAGCCCUUUCACCUCCCUGCUGGUUCCCUCUUCAGCUGCUGCGUCUCUCCCAACCUGUGUGAGCCCUUUCACCUCCCUUCCGUCCGAUGGCAGUUCCCUGACACAAAUCAAUAUUCCUGGAAGUCAAUACAAUCCCUAAAUAUUUCACUUUCUUUACCACCUCAAUCUCUGUCUGUUGCUGUAUUCUUUCACUAAUUUCUUGAUCUAUGUUUCUCACCAUUAUUUUGGUUUUUUUCUUAUUCAGUUUAAACCCUGCCACCUGUCCAAAUUCUUCCAUUUCUUUUAAUACUUCUUUAGUACUCUCUAUAGGAUCUUCUAUCAUUAUAACCAAGUCAUCAGCAUACGCCUUUACUUUAUAUUUAUUACGGCCAACCGAUACCCCUUUUAUCUGUUCAUUGUUUCUUAUUGAACUUAAUAAGACUUCCAGGACCGAUAUGAAUAGCAACGGUGAUAGAGGACACCCUUGUCUUGUACCCUUGGUUAUUGCAAUAUUUUCUGUUAUUAUAUUAUUGACAAUUAAUUUUGCUCUUUGUUCUGAAUACAUUGCUUUUAUACCAUUUAGAAAAGAUUGGCCCAUAUCCAUUGCUUCUAAGUUUUUUAACAUAAAUUCCCAAGAAAUAUUAUCAAAGGCUUUCUCCGCAUCCACAAAAAUUAACAUUGCUUGUUUAUCCUUCCUGUUAGUCAGAUAUUCCAUUAUAUCAAUUAUAUUUCUUAUGUUUUCUUUCAUCUGUCUACCAGGAAGGAAAUCUACUUGAUCCUUCUGUAUCAUUUCCUUUAAAAUUCUUUUCAUCCUAUUUGCCAAAAUGUUUGCGAACAUUUUCUAAUCAUUAUUUAAUAAUGAGAUCGGCCUGUAAUUCAAUAAACCAUUUCCAUUCUUUUAUAAAAAGUUUGCUUUCUUGAUUUCUUACUCUUCCGGUAAGUUUUGCCAUUUCUGCAUAUUCCAUAAGUUUUUGUAUCCAUUCUUCCUUUGCUGGGACUUGUGCAUUUUUCAAGUUUUGGGCAAGUAACAUUCUUGCCGCUGUAGUCGUGUCCAUGAAUAAAAAUAGAUUUCUCACCCUUUUCCUAUGCAUCUGCAGGGAGGCACAUAGAUAGAUGAUAGAUAGAUAGAUAGUUGUUUAGUCGUGUCCGACUCUUCGUGACCCCAUGGACCAGAGCAUGCCAGGCACUCCUGUCUUCCACUGCCUCCCGCAGUUUGGUCAAACUCAUGCUGGUAGCUUUGAGAACACUGUCCAACCAUCUUGUCCUCUGUCGUCCCCUUCUCCUUGUGCCCUCAAUCUUUCCCAACAUCAGGGUCUUUUCCAGGGAGUCUUCUCUUCUCAUGAGGUGGCCAAAGUCUUGGAGCCUCAGCUUCACGAUCUGUCCUUCCAGUGAGCACUCAGGGCUGAUUUCCUUCAGAAUGGAGAGGUUUGACCUUCUUGCAGUCCAUGGGACUCUCAAGAGUCUUCUCCAGCACCAGAAUUCAAAAGCAUCAAUUCUUUGGUGUAUAUAUAUAUAUAUAUAUAUAUAUAUAUACACAUACACGUACCAAAUAGACCUGCCUCCUUACCUGCUGCCCCUUGUCAUCUGCAGGAGCACCAGCCUUGCCCAGGUCAAUGCCAUGCUGAGGGAGCAGCUGGACCAGGCGAACACAGCCAACCAGGCCCUCAGUGAGGACAUUCGUAAGCUGACGGCUGACUGGACCAAGGCCCGGGAUGAGCUGGAGCAGCGGGAGGUGGACUGGAGGCGAGAGGAGGAGGUCUGGGGCACGGGAGAACCUGGGGGUGGCGUGGGGGGCUUGAGGCAGGGGGCAGGUUUGGGGAGGGAUGGAAAGCGGUCUGAGAAGAGGCAGAGGGAUGCCAGAGCACAGAGCCUGUCCUCGGUGCCUUCAUCGCCUCUGGUGAAAAGGGUUUGGCAGGUUUUGAAAUGGGGGGGGGGGGAGGAAUGCAAAUGGGUAAAACUGAUGGUAAUUGCAGCCAGACAGGUUAUAGCGAGCAAUUGGAAAAAUACAGAAGAGCUAGGGGUGAACCAAUGGAGGAAAAAACCCUAAUAAUAUUACAAUUUUAUAAGAUACAUAGAAUGAAAGGGUUUAAGGUCAGUGAGAAAGAGGAGGAUUGGUUUGAGAAGAUAUUGAAUUAUUAGAGUAGGUUUGAACAAUUUGGGGCAAUUAAAAUUUUAAAGGGAUGCCAGUGGCGCUGUGGGUUAGACCACAGAGCUUAGGACUUGCCAAUCAGAAGGUCGGCGGUUUGAAUCCCCACGACGCGGUGCGCUCCUGUUGCUUGGUCCCUGCUCCUGCCCACCUAGCAGUUCAAAAGCAUGUCAAAGUGCAAGUAGAUAAACCGCUCCGGCGGGAAGGUAAACAGUGUUUCCGUGUGCUGCUCUGGUUCGCCAGAAGCGGCUUAGUCAUGCUGGCCACAUGACCCGGAAGCUGUAUGCCGACUCCCUUGGCCAGUAAAGCGAAAUGAGCGCCGCAACCCCAGAGUUGGCCACGACUGGACCUAAUGAUCAGGGGUCCCUUUACCUUUAAAAUGUUAAAAGUUAAAUAAACCUUGUGGAAGGAGGAGUAUACAUAUGAUUAGAAGUGUACAUCUGAUUAAUAUAUGAAGUGUACAUAUAGAAGUGUACAUAUGAUUAAUUUGAAUAUGUUGUUACUGAAUAUAAUUGAAUAUUAUUGAAUAUGUCUAUUAUUGAAUAUUGUAUACCCAAUGUAUCAGCCGCCUGGGGGGUUUCACUGUUUGUGUUUUGGUGGCUGGUAAAAAAUAAAAAUUAAUUUUUUAUUAAAAAAUGAAACGAGGGGGGAGCUUGCGGGACCUGCCACCUUGCGAAGCUGGCUGCCUGCCCCCCUGACUGCUGACUUUUUGUGGGCUGGCACUGCAGAAGCGCUUUCUUGUCGCCGGCACUGUCCUCAGCCUGCGGCUUCUCCUUCUCCCUUUCAGACCUUCAACACGUACUUCCGCAACGAGCACAGCCGGUUGCUCACCCUCUGGCGGCAAGUGGUGGGGUUCAGGAGGCACUUUGGGGAGAUGAAGACCACGAUGGAAAGGUCAGCCCUCAGAACAGCAACCUUGGCCACAGCCCCAAACCUGGGCCUGUCCACACUGCCCAGCCUCAAGCUGCUGUUGUUACUGCGCCCAGUGCCGGAUUUACAUACAGUGGUGCCUCGCAAGACGAAAUUAAUCCGUUCCGCGAGUCUCUUCGUCUUGCGGUUUUUUUGUCUUGCAAAGCACGGCUAUUAGCGGCUUAGCAGCUAUUAACGGCUAUUAACGGCUUAGCGGCUAUUAACGGCUUAGCGGCUUUAAGAAAAAGGAAACAAACUCACAAGAACUCGCAAGACGUUUCGUCUUGCGAAGCAAGCCCAUAGGGAAAUUCGUCUUGCGGAACGACUCAAAAAACGCAAAACCCUUUAGUCUAGCGAGUUUUUCGUCUUGUGAGGCAUUUGUCUUGCGGGGCACCACUGUAUAAGCUAAACAAGCUAUAGCUUAUGGCCCCACUCUCUCGGGGCCCCCCCAAAAAAUUGAAGGAAAAAACCCUGGAUGGAUAUUUCCAAAAUAUAAGAUAAAAAACAAAUAAAAUAAAACCUACAUACAGCAGCAGUGUUUUGUGUUGUGUAGGCUCCUAUGAUGUAAGUAAUGGGCCCCACCUGCUGGCCUGUUCCCUAAAAUUGGAGUCAGCAACCUUUUUCAGCCAGGGGCUGGUCCACUAUCCCUCAGACCAUGUGGUUGGCCGGACUAUAUUUUGAAAAAAUAAUAAUGAACGAAUUCCCAUGCCCCACAAAUAACCCAGAGAUGCAUUUUAAAUAAAAGCACGCAUUCUACUCAUGUAAAACACCAGGCAGGCCGCACAAAUAACCCAGAGAUGCAUUUUAAAUAAAAGGACACAUUCUGAUUCCUGGACUGUCCGCGGGCCAGAUUGAGAAGGCGAUUGGGCCGCAUCCAGCCCCCGGGCCUUAGGUUGCCUCUCCCUGCCCUAAAAUAUCACUGGUUUGCUCAUUUCUAUACAUAGGGUGCCUACAUUCUGCAUGUACUGGUUGCAUGGCAACAUGUGCAAAUGACUUUAGAUAUCUAUUAGGUCCAUAAAUUACCAUACAGCGUAUACUGAACACACACAAAAAUGACAAUUUGUUGUUGACAAAGGACAUCUGGACCAAUAAGGGGCCCCAUUACCUUCAGUAGCUUAGGGCCUCAUCAAACCUAAAUUGGCUUGAUUCUGCCCUUUUAAAAUGUGGUGGGGUUUUUUGGGGGGGGUGUUACUGGUUUGUUGUUUUCCUUUUGAUUAGACAAGUACCUUGGGAGUCGAAACAGAAUCCACUCCAGAAGGCCGUUCGACUUCCAAAACAUUCAAAACCAAAGCGCAUCUUCUGAUUGGCUGCAGGAAGCUCCUGCAGCCAAUCGGAAGCCCCGUCGGAUGUUCAGCUUCCAAAAACAGUUUGCAAACUGGAACAAUCACUUCCGAGUUUGCGACACUAGGGAGCCAAAACAUUCGGGAGCCAAGGCGUCCGAGAUCCAAGGUGUGACUGUAUAUAUUUUGUGGUUUUAUAUUUUGAUUUUGUUCUGUGAACCGCCCUGAGACCUCCAGGUACAGGGUGGUAUAUGAAUUCAAUAAAUAAUAAUAAAAUAAUAAUUUGCACAAAAAUAUACUAAUUGAUUAAAUCGAGCAGAUGUCCCUCUCAGUGCUUUUGUGUGUGUGUGUGGAAUGUUUAUUCCCUUGUCUGCUCGUCAUUUUGUAGGGGCAGGAAGUGACUGAGCAUUUUCCCCAGCCAUUUGAAAAUCAUGCUAGAUCAGCAUACCACAUGAGGUCUAGAAACCUGAACUAAAUGGUAACUGUGAAUCGUAAGAAGCUCGGAGCACAGUUUUAAGUGCACUUUUGGUGGUGCUGCCUGCGCAGUGGCUCGUGAGGAGGAGGUGCAUGUUGUUGCUUGCAUUGCUCUCUCUUUUUGAAAUCAUUUUUCUUUGAUUUUACAAAUACGAAUUUAUAACAUUCCAAAUGCAUAUCCAUAUACUAUAGAGAUUACUCUGAAUCUCAAGACUUCCACCCCAUCCCCUCCAUGGGUCCUAGUGUCAACAUUUACAGCUGCAUAUUAUUCCAUAUUCUAUAUUUUAAAUCAUAUUAUCCAUAGUAUUUGUUACAUUACAAAUGGGUUUCAAAUCCUGCUAAUGUUUCUAUUUGCCCGCAGGGGUCUCCUAGAUAAAUUAUAAACAUUUUCCCAUUCUUUUAAAAAAAAAUUGUCCUCUUGGUUUGUGAGUUUUCCAGUCAGCUUUGCCAUUUCAAUGUAGUCCAUCAGCUUAGCUUGCCAUUUCUCUCUCCUUUGUCUUCUUUCUAUAUCUAGGCUAGUAGCAUCUGAGCGGCUGUUGUCCCAGACAUAAAAAGUAUUUUCUGCUCCUUUGCGAUGUCGGUACAGUCUUACCUCGGGUUAAAGUCGCUUCAGGUUGAGCGCUUUCAGGUUACGCUCCGCGGCGACCCAGAAGUAACGGAACACAUUACUUCUGGGUUUCGCCGCUUGUGCAUGCGCAGACACUCAAAAUGACGGCAUGCGCAGAAGCGACGAAUCGCGACGCGCAGAUGCGGGUUACGUUCUGCUCAGGAUGCGAACGGAGCUCCGGAACGGAUCCCAUUCACAUCCAGAGAUACCACUGUACUUAACGUAUUUUUCGCUCUGUAAGACGCACCAGACCAUAAGACACACCUAGUUUUUGGAAGAAGAAAACAAGAAAACAAACAUUCAGAAUCUCAGAAGGUUAUGGGAUAGCUGCGUGCAGCCUCUCCCGGGCAAAGGGAGCCUUCAUUCCACUGCCCAGGCGAGGCUCCCCCAAGAGCCACGCUCCCUUUAAAGAGCGCGCGGAGUGUGUGUGCGGCUCUUGAGGGUUUUCCCCAAGGAAAAUUAUUCUCUUGUUGAACAAGGGCUGCCCUUUUCCCUCCUCGGGAAAAAGCCCCGAAGAGCCGCACACAUGCUCCAGCGGCUCUUUAAAGGGAGCGCUGAGCAGAGCCUCCCGACUGCAUUUGCUCCAUGAGAUGCACACACAUUUCCCCUUACAGUGGUGCCUCGCAAGACGAAAUUAAUCCGUUCCGCGAGUCUCUUCGUCUUGCGGUUUUCUCGUCUUGCGAAGCACGGCUAUUAGCGGCUUAGCGGCUAUUAGCGGCUUAGCGGCUUAGUGGCUAUUAACGGCUUAGCGGCUUUAAGAAAAAGGAAACAAUUCGCAGAACUCGCAAGACGUUUUGUCUUGCGAAGCAAGCCCAUAGGGAAAUUCGUCUUGCGGAACGACUCAAAAAAUGCAAAACCCUUUCGUCUAGCGAGUUUUUUGUCUUGCGAGGCAUUCGUCUUGCGGGGCACCACUGUACUUUUUAGAAAGGGAAAAGUGCGUCUUAUAGAGCGAAAAAUAGGGGUAUAUUGUUACUUGCAUUUCUCUCCCCUGAGCAACUCCUCUUGCUCCCUGUCUCGGCAGGGACCUCUCUGAGCUGGGCCACGAACUCUCCCGCUCCAGCCGCACGGUCCACGCUGCCUGCCUGAACCUGAGCAGCAACCUGCGCCUGUCAGAGAGCAGCACCGGUGCCACCCUGGAGAAGCAGGCGCUGCUGAUGGCGCAGCUGGAGGAGCAGCUGAAGGACAAGGUCCGCGACAUGAUCCAGCUGCAGGUCCGCUGCGACAUGGAGAAGGCCGAGCUGGGCAACAGGUACCAGGGAGGGGGGAAUGGUUGGGGGAGGCAGGUUUAGCACCUGACAGGGGAGCCUGCUCUGGCCUCCAGCAUGGCCUGUGGCUGGGGUAGGAGGAACCAGGCAGAGGGUCUUCUCAGUGGUGGCACCCGCCCUGUGGAACGCCCUCCCAUCAGAUGUCAAGGAAAUAAACAACUACAGUGGUACCUCAGGUUACAAGCACCUCAGGUUACAAACACUUCGGGUUAUAACCUGGAAGUAGUACCUCAGGUUAAGAACUUUGCCCCAGGAUGAGAACAGAAAUUGCGCGGCGGCGGCAGGAGGCCCCGUUAGCUAAAGUGGUACCUCAGGUUAAGAACGGACCACCAGAACGAAUUAAGUUCUUAACCCGAGGUACCACUGUAUCUGACUUUUAGAAGACGUCUGAAGGCAGCCCUGUUUAGGGAAGUUUUUAAUGUCUGGUGUUUUGUUGCAUCAUCAUCAUCAUCAUCAUUAUUAUUAUUAUUAUUAUUAUUAUUUCUGUUGGGAGCCACCCAGAGUGGCUGGGGGAAACAAACAAACAAAUAUUAUUUAUACCCUGCCCAUCUGGCUGGGCUUUCCCAGCCACUCUGGGUAGCUUCCAAGACAUAAAAACACAAUAAAAUAAAACCUUUUUGAUACAGGGCUGUCUUCAUUUUUAUUUUUUUUAAUGAUAUUUAUUAAGGUUUAAAAAAAAAAAAAGAGUACAUAGAUAAGAAGAAAAGAGAAAAAAGAAAAAAAAAAAGAAAAAAUACAAAAUACAGAAAAAAGAUAAAAAACACUUAAAAACAAAUCAAUCUUUCCAUGCCUUACAUUUCAUUUCCCUGCUUCCCUGACCUCCUCACACCUCCCUUUUUUGUAUUCCAGUUCAAUUAGUUAAUUCAGCAAUUCCUUUCCCUCUUUGUUUUUGUCUUAAUCCUUUAACUUAAUAUAUUAUAACUUUAGGUUCUCACCUGUUAACAAUCCAUUUUUACAUACACCUUUAUAUCGUUGCUGGUAACUCCACUUAACUUCAUUCUGACAUCAUUCUAACAUUCAUUAAUUUUACAGUAUUUCUGUAAAUAGUCUUUAAAUUUCUUCCAAUCUUCUUCCACCGACUCUUCUCCCUGGUCUCGGAUUCUGCCAGUCAUUUCCGCCAGAUACAGGGCUGUCUUCAGAUACCUUUCAACCACUGAGCUAUGGCCUCCUCCCCCCCCCCCAAAAUGUUCCUCACUCUUUGCAUGUGGGGUUUCUGCUGAGGAACUUGGCUCAGGCGCAGGGCCCAUCUGCUUUGCCUGCAAGAGGACUAUUUCCGAAGCUCUCCCAUGCCCCGCAAGGCCAGAAAGGACCCCCGAGUGCCCCCACUGGCCCAGAACUGACCACUGAGUCCUUCUCUUCCCUUGCCCUCCAGGAUCAACGAAGUCACGUCCAGCCUGGAGCGCUUGAAAGGCCAGAACGCGGAGAAGACCAAGUCAAUUGAGGCGCUGACCCAGAAGCUGGAGAGUUUGGUGAGAGGAGGCAGCUGGGUUUUGGGGGAGGAGGAUGAUGGAGUGCAUUGGGUGGCCCUCAAGAAGAAGCAGCUCAUAGAAUCAUAGAAUCAUAGAAUCAUAGAGUUGGAAGAGACCACAAGGGCCAUCGAGUCCAACCCCCUGCCAAGCAGGAAACACCAUCAGAGCACUCCUGACAUAUGGUUGUCAAGCCUCUGCUUAAAGACCUCCCAAGAAGGAGACUCCACCACACUCCUUGGCAGCAAAUUCCACUGUCGAACAGCUCUUACUGUCAGGAAGUUCUUCCUAAUGUUUAGGUGGAAUCUUCUUUCUUGUAGUUUGGAUCCAUUGCUCCGUGUCCGCUUCUCUGGAGCAGCAGAAAACAACCUUUCUCCCUCCUCUAUGUGACAUCCUUUUAUAUAUUUGAGCAUGGCUAUCAUAUCACCCCUUAACCUCCUCUUCUCCAGGCUAAACAUGCCCAGCUCCCUUAGCCGUUCCUCAUAAGGCAUCGUUUCCAGGCCUUUGACCAUUUUGGUUGCCCUCCUCUGGACACGUUCCAGCUCUCCAGGCAUCUGCUCUGUCGGGGGCCGUGUGGCCCUAAGGGGUCUCCCCACUCCUGGUGCCGUGCCCCCCCCCGGUUCUGCCCCCCCCAGGCUGGCAUGUGUCCCCCCCCUCCCCUUCCUCUCCCACUUGAGCCUGGGACUCUGUUGCUUUCAUCCCACCUUUGUCUUCCUCCUUCUGCUUUCUGUGCUCCAAUAUUCCAUUUAUUUAUUUAUUCCUUGAUUUACAAAAGUGUGUGCAAUGUCUCUCUCUUGUAUAUAUAUAUAUUUUCCGUGUAACUUUUUUACAAAUCAGUUUCAUUUGUUGAGACAUUGGGGAAAUAAGGGGGAAAGAGGGGGUGGAGAUGGGGGUGGGGUGGGGUGGCGAUGUUUCUAUUUUAGUUACUACAGUGGUACCUCGGGUUACAGACGCUUCAGGUUACAGACUCCGCUAACCCAGAAAUAGUACCUCGGGUUAAGAACUUUGCUUCAGGAUGAGAACAAAAAUUGCGGCAGCGGGAGGCCCCAUUAGCUAAAGUGGUGCUUCAGUUUCAGGUUAAGAACAGUUUCAGGUUAAGAACGGACCUCCGGAACGAAUUAAGUACUUAACCCGAGGUACCACUGUAUAUGUAGGGUUUGGUGUCAGUGUUGCUUGUGCAGGUUCUCUGCUGUUCACUUGUGUUCCUUUGGUGGUGAGAGAGGUUGGGGCUGGCCUAGGGUGUGGUUGUUCAUUUGUGGCUGGCUGUGGUGGUCUUCAUUUUCAUGUGUGAGUGAGGUGGGUGGGUGUUUUGGAUCAGGUUAGCCAUAUUGAUUUGCAUGUCGUUGGUGGAUUUUUGUCGUUGUCUUGUUGGGCUGUGUAUGUGAUAAAGGGGAGCCAUACCGGGGUGAAGGUGUCUUCUUCUAUAUUGAGAUGUUUAAAAAGGGAAGAGAGAGAGAGAGUUUUCCUAAGCUUUUCUUCCCUUUUCCCAACUCCUUUCUGCUCUGCCUCCUUUGAGAACAACGGUAAAUUUCCUCGUCCCCUUUUGGUGUCUGUGUACAUUAUGGUCUAAUCUUCUUCCCAUACUUCUCACUCGAGUCCCACUUCAUUUGAGCUUUGCCAUGGAUGAAAAACUGGGGGGGGGGUGGAACCAGAGGGAGGAGAUUUAUUAAUGCUUAAAGCCCUUCCGACCCUGCCUGGGUGAAUCAUAGAGUUGUAGAACUGCAGAGGGAACCCCAAGGGUCAUCCAGUCCAACCCCCUGCAAUGCAGGAAUCGCAGCUGAAGGCUCUCUGACAGACAUCAAUCCAGCUAAAAAACUUCCCAUGAAGGAGAGUCCACCACCUGUUCCACGGCCGGACUGCUCUGACCCUCAGAACGUUCUUCCUCACGUUGAUUCGGAAUUUCCUUUCUCGUAUUUUGAAUUUGGUGGUUUUGGGUGCUCCCUUCUCUGUAGCAGCUGAAAACAAGUUUGCUUCAUCUUUGGGGCACCCAGCAUAGCUGUCAACGUUUCCCUUUUUAAAAGGGAAAUUCCCUUAUUCCAAAUAGGAUUCCUCGCAAGAAAAGAGGAAAGUUGACAGCUAUGGCACCCAGCAGGUUAAGGAUUCAUCCCUGGUAAGUAGAACCAGGUAUGGCUGGGAAGGACUGAAACUCUGGGGAGAUGCUGUUUAGACGACACUGAGGCAGGUGGGCUUUGAGUGUCAGGCAGGCUCCUUUGUUCCUUUGUUUUGUUUGGUUUUGUUUAAUUUUUUUUAAAAAAUUAUAAUAUAAAUGUUAUUAGUAUUUUCCACACAACAACAUGAAAAAUAUUGAAAAAUAACAAUACACAUGUAGCAGGAAACCCACCCCCCCAUCAUUCAGUUUGUACAAACUUCACACUCACACACACUACAUACGCCACACUUCUGUUAUAAAUUCAUAGAAAAUCAACCAUACAUCGGAUUUGCACUGUUCCACUUUUAUUUUACUCCAUGAAGGAACGACUACAAAAUGGGGAAGGUUUGAUACAGGGCACCAUAAUCCCUUCAUCAUCCCAGCACAUCCACAGGAGCCCUGCCCAGUUGCUAUGCCAACCCUGAUGGUCCUAGACAGAAGACAAUCAAGAUCACAAAGAACUUGCAUAUGGGAGUGGAUUCAGCAUGGACUGGAACAAAGGACAAUGAUCAGAUCUUCCCUCAGGGGGCAGGAAACUGCGACUACCUUUUGUCUUCAGAAAAUGAUUCAUGGGGGGGGGAGAAGGGAACCAGCCAGGUGACAGGACACUCAGGUUACCACCACAACUCCUCCCUCAACCCCUCCUUUCUGUAAUGUAUGCAUGAUGUUUCUGGGGGUGGGCUUGAGCUAGAGGAUGGGAAUUUCAAAAGUUUUUAUAAGGUCUUGCACACCAUUUUCUGUGUCUUUUCCUCUCUCCUGCAAGUGAGGGGAACACCCUGUUGCAACAGUUCAAUAAGGCCAAGCCUACAGGCUGCUGAUUUGCUCCAACUUACUCUGGUUGGUGUCUUUACUUUUUGUCCAAGGGAGCCCUCAGAUUUUUCCGGUAACACACAAAACACAAAAACCAACAUUCAAAAAACAAAAAAGCAAAUCCAUAUCUUACAAGUUAAUAAUAUAAACACUAAAAAGAAAAACAAACAUUGACUUCUACCAAUCCCACAGCACCUCCUUUAUCUCUCAUUGUGUCUUCCUGUUUUCCUUAUCAUCUCUAUCCUAACAUCUAGAUAUAAAUCUCUCUUUCUUAUCCUUUCACUUCACAAGGUUAUUCCAGACUCAGCCAGAUUUCUUCCCUCGAACCUUGACUUUUAAGGUAUUCAUUUAGGCACUCCCAAUCUUUCUUUACUUCACUUUUUGGUUUUUGUCUGUCAAUUUGGCUAAUUCUAAAUAUUCUGAAAGCUUACAUAACCACUCUUCCCUAGUGGGUAACUGAUUCCCUUUCCAAUACUUAGCCACCGGGAUUCUUGCUGCAGGCAUCGCGUAUAAGAAAAAUUUAGUUUUGUCUUUUGGAAUAUCAUCGUUUAAAAUUCCUAAAAGGAAUGCCUCUGGCCUUUUACUAUAUGAUAUUCUUAGUAUUUUCUUUAUUUCUUUGUGGAUCCUCUGUUCCUUUGAGUUCCCUCCAAGCUGCCUCCCUCCAAAUGUCCAGCAGCCAGAACCUGGCAGAGAGUCCUUCUUGCUUUGCUGAUCGUCCUGCCCCAUGUCUGCUUCCAGGAAGCCUCCCGUGCACAGGAACAGGCUGCGGCGGAGGCCGAGGAGGUGGAAGCCCUGCGGACAGAAUCUGAGUUGCUGCAGCAGACCCUGCGCGACCUUGCUCAGGUACAGGGCAGAGGACCCCCAUUGUCCCUUUCGUGGCAUCUGACUCAUCUCUUUUGAAGCUGAGAUAUAAUAAUAAUAAUAAUAAUAAUAAUUUAUUACAGUGGCACCUCUGGAUGUGAGCGUUCCGGAGCCGCAUUCGCACCCAGAAGCGAAUGCAACCCGCGGGUCUGCGGGUCGCCGCUUCUGCGCAUGACAUCAUUUUGACCGUCUGCGCAUGCAUGAGCGGCGAAACCCGGAAGUAACGCGCUCUGCUACUUCUGGGUCGCCGCAGCAUGCAACCCGAAAAUACUUACCCUGAAGCUACUUCAACCCAAAGUAUGACUGUAUUUAUACCCCGCCCAUCUGACUGGGUCUCCCCAGCCACUCUGGGCAGCUUCCAACCAAAUAUCAAAAACAAUACAGCGUCAGACAUUAAAAACUAACCCUAACCCUAAAGAGGGCUGCCUUCAGGUGUCUUUUAAAAGUAAAAUAGUUGAUUAUUGCCUUGACGUCUGGUGGGAGGGCGUUCCACAGGGAGGGCGCCACUACCGAGAAGGCCCUCUGCCUGGUUCCCUGUAACCUCACUUCUCACAGCGAGGGAACUACCAGAAGGCCCUCGGUGCUGGAUCUCAGUGUCCGGGCUGGAUGAUGGGGGUGGAAAUGCUCCUUCAGGUAUACAGGUAUGCAGGGGAGGGGGCACUUCUGCCUGGUCCCACUGUGAGUUUUAAUUUUUGUUCUCCCCGUAGGCUGUGAUCUCCGACGCGGACAGUGCCGUCCACCUCCCGGCCACGGAAACCUCAGACAGCGACGCCACCGGGCUCAGCCUGCGGGGCUUGUCCUCCAGCUUCCGGACGCCCUCCCCGCUGCGCCGUUCCUCCCCCCACCGCCGCAGCCUGUCCCCCAUCUUCCCUGACUCCACGCUGGCGGUGGUGCAGUCGGCCCUGCAGAAGCGCCAGCUGCAGCUUCAGGUAAGGGAGGAGGGGGGCGUCCGAUUCUCACCCCAAAGGCCAGGGAGGCAGGUGGUGCACUUGGGGGAAGAAGGCCCUUGCCAAAAUCCUGAGCAGGUCCGCUUCAUAGAAGGGAGCGCGGGAGAGGAUAAUAAUAAUAAUUUUGCCACAGCCUCUCUGGGCCGCUUGCAACAUAUAUAAAAACAUAAUAAAACACUGAAUAUUGAAAAGCUCCCCUAAACAGUGUUUGUCUCACUCAAGAUUGGACCAUGAUUCUAUAUCUCCUUGCAGACAUUGAUAAGUAUGUGACCUGGUGUGUAGCACUUUUUGCAACUGCCACCAGGAAAAUUAGAAAAAAUUAUAUAGCCGAGAUAGCUAUCAACUGCAAAGGAGAUGAAUUUAUUUGACCCCAUCUACACCAAGCUGUAUCUUUCUCACUAAACUUUGUACGUAAUUGUCUAUAUUGUAUUAUAUAAUAUUGCUGUUAAUAUAUGAGGGCCCCCACGGUGAUUUUAGCUUAUAAAUUUUAUUGCCAAAUGUUUCAAUUUAUAUAUUAAAGAGUUUCUAUAGUUUUGUGCAGAUUAGGUCAGGUUUUGACAAUGUAAAUGUUUUAAGUUUUUGUGUCAAACUAGUAUAUAUUUUAUUGAAUGACAUUGUAUACAUUGCAGCAGCCUUUGGCUAUAAGCAAUAAACUUGACUGACUGACACUCAAGAUUGGGGGCGGGAAGGGGAGAGAGGAGUUCCUAACUGCAAGGGAAGAGGCCACCCCCAAAAAGGCAUCGCUCACUCUCCCUGUGUGAGAGCAGGAAUACAAACUGGGCUUCUGCCCUGUCUAGAACAUGCAAAUAUCCUCAGUUGGUCUCGUUUUCCGUAACUUAUUCUGAUUCUUGUCACCCAGAUCAGGGACAACUGUUUUCCAAAUGGCAUCCGGCCUCUCAGCUCUGGUUUUGCAGGCUUAGUUGGCAGCCUCGUCACUUGCCAUGAUGUGGUGGGGCUAAUAACUUGGUUUUAGGAAAGACACAGGGGACACGGGUGGCACUGUGGUCUAAACCACUGAGCCUCUUGGGCUUGCCACUCAGAAGGUCAACGGUUCAAAUCCCCGUGAUGGGGUGAGCUCCCAUUGCUCUGUCCCAUCUCCUGCCAACCUAACAGUUUGAAAGCACACCGAUGCAAGUAGAUAAAUAGGUACUGCUCUGGCAGGAAGGUAAAUGGCUUUUCCGUGCGCCCUGGUUUCCGUCACGGUGUUCCGUUGUGCCAGAAGCGGUUUAGUCAUGCUGGCCACAUGACCUGGAAAGCUGUCUGUGGACAAACACUGGCUCCUUCAGCCUGAAAGUGAGAUGAGCACCGCAACCCCAUAGUCGCCUUUGACUGGACUUAACCGUCCAGGGGCCCUUUACCUUUUUACCUUUAGGAAAGACAUUCAGAAAGAGAGAUUCUCAGGGGGCUUCCAUAGAAUUGUACAAGACAACAAUAGAUAGAGAAAGUAAACAUGUACACAAAACAUGUGCAACCAGAAUGCAAGGCCGACAAGUAAGCCCUCCUUGCUAGCCUAAAUUUACUACCCAUUGUGUGUUUUGGUUGUUCUGCACAAUCUGUCAACUUGAGGAAACUGGAAACCAGAGUCCCAACAAUCGUAGUAUCCGUCUCUGCUGAACUGUGUUUAUUGGUGCUUAGGUCAUUUUAGACAUCAGAGAAGUUUUUAAUGUGUGACAUCUUAGUAUAUUUUUGGUCUUUUGUUUGGAAGCCACCCAGAGUGGCUGGGGAAACCCAGCCAGAUGGGCGGGGUACAAAUAAUAAAUUAUAUUAUUAUUAUUAUUAUUAUUAUUAUUAACUGCUUCAUAUAUGGUGGUGGUUCUCUGCUGUGCUGUGAGCUGCUCUCUGGGAGAGAAAUACAGUGGUAACAACCCCAGCAAUCAGAGUUCUCCUUUUCCUCAUCUGGGCGUGGGCUUUGCCAUCUGCCGGUCUGUUCCUGAGCUGCUUGCUUUUACUUUUUACGCCCAGGACCUCCGGGGGAAAUACGAGGCUGCGCAGGACCUUGUGUCAUCCCUGAAGAGGCAGUUGGCAGAGAGCGACAACGAGCGCCGUUCCCUGGAGCAGAAGAUCCUGCAGCUGAAGGGGGACCUGGACAGGCUGUCGCAAGCCAAGGAGGACGCGGCUCACGAUGCCAACCGCUUUCGGUCUUCCGCCGAACUGCUGGGCAGGUGAGGCACCUCGAAUUCCCUUCUUGAAGGAAGCAAGGAGCACCAGGAAGGCAAGGAAUGCCUUUGUGAAAUUUCCCUACUGCCUCUCUGUCUGAGUGCCUGCCCUGGCUGUGUCUCCUUCCCAGAAGCCUCUGCUGAAAGGGCUUGUGUGUGUGUUGGCAUUUAAGGACUGAACCCCACCCCCCUGCACAGAGGGGCAGCAGAACAACCUGCAUCCAGAGGAGGCUUGUGUUUCUCUGUGUGAGUCAGCGCUCUGGGCUGCCUUCUUUCCAGUCCGGAGGAGUAAUUCAGCACUGUGGUGUGGGAGCGGGGGGUCCCUCUCUCGGCCUCGGCCCUGUAUACCUGAAGGAGAGUCUCUGCCCCCCAAAAUUGGCUUCUUGUACUCCGCCUCUUGUUGCUGCAUUGUUUUCCCAGUUAUUUCUAAUUCACAUCCCUUUCCUUACAACAACAACAACAACAACAACAACAACAACAAUUUAUUAUUUAUACCCCGCCCAUCUGGCUGAGUUUCCCCAGCCACUCUGGGCGGCUUCCAACAAAAGACCAAAAACACACUAAGAUGUCACACAUUAAAAACUUCCCUGAUGUCUAAAAUGACCUAAGCACCAAUAAACACAGUUCAGCAGAGAAGGAUACUACGAUUGUUGGGACUCUGGUUUCCAGUUUCCUGAAGUCGACAGAUUGUGCAGAACAACCGAAACACACAAUGGGUAGUAAAUUUAGGCUAACCUUAUAUUACCUUCUGUUCUUUUUCUUUUUGAUUAGUUUAAACUUAUUGUCCUUAAGUGUUGGCUGUCCACUUGCCCAUGUGACUCCCCCUCUUCUCAAGAGAGAGAGAUGGUCAUGGUUGUGAAUGCACUGGGAUGGAACAGCCUCAACGGCUGUUGUGGGAAGUUGAUGGAAUGGGCGCUGUCCUUUGCUCCCUUACUGUCCUCACCCUGCUGUAGUGUCCCCCUCCUUUCUCCUCUCCAGCGAGAAGACGAACCUGGAAAAGAACCUGCAGCUGUUGCAGCAGAAGCUGGAGGUCCUCCAUCAGGAAAAGGAGAAACUGCAGCUGGCCAACAGCGACCUUCAGCGACAGCGUGAUGGCCUGGAAGAGGAGAAAGAGGACAUCUUAAAGGACCAGGAAAGGGCUUGGAAGGAAAUUGAGCGGAGGUAAAGUGGGAGAUUGGUGAGAUUUUUUUCUUGGGGUAGGGUGUCCCCUUUCUUCAAGAGGGGCUGAAGCUGGUGUGGUCUCAGGCCCAGUUCUCUGGCGCUGGUUGGGGGACAUCUUGCAGUGACACAGAGGCAUGCUGGGAAAGUAUGGAGUGUCCUUUAAAACACCAAGUCAAAAGCAGUGGACUCUGCAAAAGCAUUGAAUGUUGUCUGCCCAGGAAUCAUGAUUUUUUUUGCCAUUAAUAUUUUUUAUUGAAAGAAUUGCAGUGAUAAAGAAACAAUGUGAUGCAGAGAAAAGAAAAACCGAGAAAAUAAAAAGAACGGAAAUUUGUAGAAAGAAACAGUGUGCAAAAAUGCAAUGUAAUAUACUCCCGUACAUUCUUAUGUAAAGAGAUAUGAGGUUAUGUCUACAUAUGAGAUUCAGAAGUAAUACAAAACACAAGUGAGUGAGAAGAUUAAAUGUUUUAUUCUAAACAGCAAGCAAUAUAUACAUACCAAACAAGCACCUCAAUCUCCCACUUGGAAGCCCUCAGUUUGCAUGGCCCCAUGGUCAUCAGUCCGUGCACGAGAUUCUCUCUCAAACUCUGCCCACAACCAUCCGAUUCACCUGUGUGGUUUGCCCAACUGCUUACAUACAUUCAUUAGCUGCCCAGUGCCUCACUUUCUUGAAACAAUGUCCAACAUCAAAGAAGGCACUCAUCACUGUUGCUUCCUUCCAACAGAUUAGGACAUUAAAGGCUGCUCUCAGCCAUCAAAGAGCUUAACAAAAGAUAGGGAAAAGGAAGGAACAGGGGGCAGGAAGGAUAACCAUGUCAGAUCACUAACUCCUCAAAAUACAAAUAUCUUCCGGAUAGAUUGCCCAUACAGGUUAUUAUCCUAAUACAUAUAUAGAUAUGAAUAGCCUGCUACAUUCUGUAGAAACCCAUUCCAAAUGUCGUCGUAUUUAUCCAAAGCCUACAUUUAAUAAGCAGUCCGUUCAUAAGUUGCGAGUGUUGUCGUGUUGCCAGUCCAUUGACUGAAGGGGACCAUAUCUUUACUCUUCCAACUCAUCAGUCUCAGUCUCUUGGCCACCGUUAGGGUGCCUUGUCCCAUUGUUAACUUCCAUGCAAUAGGCAUAUAGUUCAAAAGAAUAUUCUCUGCUGAAAGUUUUAGCUUUAUCUGUGCAGUCGUAGUUACACAGCCCAUCACUUUCUCCCACAACUUAGCAAGCAGAGAACACUCUACAGACAUGUUUCAUGGAGGCAUUGUCCUUGCCAAAUCUCCACCAUAGAGCUGUCUUCACCGGUCCUUUUUUUAAACGCCCUGGGAACCUGACUUGACAACAGGGUCUCUCUGUGAAUAUGCCACCUUGGUUCAACCCGAGGUAGAAUGCUGUGGGGGUGAACGGCUGGCAUCUUGUCUAGUGAUUUCUUAAAAAUCAGCGCUGGCACACCACAGGGAUGUGUGAUAAGUCCCUACCUGUAUUCAUUGUAUACAUACGAUUGUGUAUCAUCUGACCUGUCUACUGCAAUUAUUAAGUUUGCAGAUGACACCACCAUAAUGGGUUUAAUAACAGGUGGAGAUGAAUCGGUGUAUAGAGGGGAGGUACAGAAAAUAUCUACAUGGUGCCUAGGGAACAACUUGCACCUUAAUAUCAGCAAGGCAAAGGAGAUGGUGUGGACUUUUGGAGGAAGAGAGGAGAACUAGCCCCGCUGUAAAUCGGGGAAGGCUGUGUGGAGAGAGUCUCUUCCUUUAAAUUCCUAGGAGUUUAUCUCAAUGAAGACCUUACUUGCAAAAUCAAUACAACCCAGGUGGUUAAGAAAGCCCAACAGAGACUCCAUCUCCUCAGAGUAUUGCGGAAGAACGGUGUCAAUCAACAUUUGAUGAUCUCCUUCUACCAGUCAACAAUAGAAAGUGUCCUUUCAUACUGCAUCACGGUGUGGUACGCUGGUUUGACAUCAUCUGAUAGGAAGUGCCUACAGAGGGUGGUGAAUACAGCACAAGAUAUUAUGGGCUGUCCCAUGAAUCCGCUGGAUGAAAUAGUGGAAGAAUGUUGCCUCAGGAAAGUGAGAAAAAUUCUCAGGGAUGAUUCACACCGUGGCCGGCACUUUCUUGAUCUCCUACCCUCAGGCAGAAGAUGUAGAAGCACAAUUAGUCGCACCAACAGGGUAAAGAACAGCUUCUAUCCGUGGGCUGUUGGGCUACUGAAUGAAAAGAUAACAACAGGGCAACUGACUUUCAGGUUUGGUGGGUGUGCGUCAGUAAACGAGGGGAAUUAAGACUAAGAGAGCUGAGUGGGGGGUGCUCGUGUAAUCUCACUGUAUACAAGUUGUACAAGUGUCAAUAAAGUAUUUCAAUUUCAAUUUCUCCCCUCUUCUGUCUCCCAGUCGCAAGCAGCUGGAGCAGCUGGAAGCAAAGAAGUCCGGCCUGAAGAAGGAGCUUGUGCUGGUGAAGGAAGCCCUGAGCAAAGCCCUUCUGGAGAAGGAGGUCUCUCAGCAUGAGAAGGCCGAGGGCGAUGAAGCCCUCUCCAAGGCAAGGAGGCAGCUGCUGGGGAGGGAGAGAUUUGCACACCCUUCUGAAAUCUGUUGGGGGUCCAGCGGUAGCAUUAUUAUCAAUUUACGAUGAGGUGGAACAGGCAUCCCCAACCUGCGGCCCUCCAGAUGUUUUGGCCUACAACUCCCAUGAUCCCUAGCUAACAGGACCAGUGGUCAGGGAUGAUGGGAAUUGUAGUCCAGAACAUCUGGAGGGCCAAAGGUUGGGGAUGCCUGGGGUGGAAGGUUCGCUGGCUAGGAAGGACUCGCUCACAAAUUUAUUGACAGCUGCACGAAUUAUGAAAGCUAGGAAACGGAAGGGGCAAGUAGAAUAUAAAAUGGAAGGAUGGUAUAAAGAGGUGUGGGAUAUAGCUACUAAUGAUGAAUUAACAUUAAGGUAAGAUGGGGACGUGGGUGGCACUGUGGGUUAAACCACAGAGCCUAGGACUUGCCGAUCAGAAGGUUGGCGGUUCGAAUCCCUGUGACGGGGUGAGCUCCCGUUGCUCGGUCCCUGCUCCUGCCAACCUAGCAGUUCGAAAGCACUUCAAAGUGCAAGUAGAUAAAUAGGUACCGCUCCAGUGGGAAGUUAAACGGCGUUUCCGUGCGCUGCUCUGGUUCGCCAGAAGCGGCUUGGUCAUGCUGGCCACAUGAUCCGGAAGCUGUACGCCGGCUCCCUCGGCCAGUAAAGCGAGAUGAGUGCCGCAACCCCAGAGUCGGCCACAACUGGACCUAAUGGUCAGGGGUCUCUUCACCUUUAAGAUGGGGAAUAUACAGGAGAAAUGAUUUCAAGGAGAUAUGGAAGGUGUUUGUAGAAUUUGUACUGUUAAAACAGAAAGGGGUCAAACCAUCACAAGAGGCAUUGAAAUUAUGGGAGGCUGGAUAGUUAUAACGGAAUGGUCUCGGGGUGUGUGUGCACUUUUUAUUCUUAUUUAUUUAGGAUUAUUAGUUUGUCAAAAUAAAAAAUAGUAAAAUAUGUUAGGGGAAGGCCGUGGGGGGUGUUAUUGGGAUGUUUUUGCUUUUCUUUUUAUUAUGUAUUCUGCGUUUGUAUAUUCUGAUUUUAUGUUGUAACUGCCCUGAGACCUGCAGGUAUAGAGGGCUGUGAACUAACUAACUAACUAACUAACUAACUAAAUAAUUUUGGCAGCCCACCCAGGUGCCUUUCAGUACCUCCAAAACAAGAAGUGCAAUGAGGCUAAGGCUGCCCUCAUGCCUGUGUUUGGGGAUCCUGAGCAUGCACCCCAUCCUGCUUGCUUGAGACCAUGAGGUGUGUCCUGCAGGAUCAGGCCACAGGCAGCCUUCAGCCUGUCUUGGCAGCCUGCUUUGCUCCAGUCCCAGCAAGCAGGUGUUUUUCUAAAAAAAAUAUAUUUAUUGAAUUUAAAUACCGCCCUAUACCUGGAGGUCUCAGAAAAGAUCACAAUAUAUAAAAUCAAAAUAAGAACAAUAACCCAAUAACACCCUCCCCCAAAAAAGAACCACAUUCUAAAAGUGCAUAGGGUGUCAAUCAGAUCAACCAAAGGCCUGGUUAAAAAGCAACGCCUAAAGGUGUGUAAUGAAAGCGCCAGACAAACUUCCCUGGGGAGAGCAUUCCACAGCCGGGGAGCCACUGCAGAGACGGCCCUGCUCUCGUGUUGCCACCCUCCAGACCUCUCGAGGAGGAGGCACACGAAGGAGGGUCUCAGAAGAUGAUCUCAGGGUCCGGGGAGGUUCAUAUGGAAGCUGAGCCACCAGGCCUUUGUGGGAUGGCUCUUGCUUCUUGCAGGGGCCUGGGGUUGGCACCUGGGGUCACAGGCUCUUCUGCACCUCCUUUCCUUUCCUGUCCCAGGCCGAGGCGAGCCGGGCUGAGCUGGAGCUGGCCUUGAGCCGCCUGAAGUCGGAGGAGUCCUCCUUGCGCGACUCGCUCUCCAAGAUGAGUGCCCUCAACGAGGGGCUGGCACAGGAUAAGAUGGAGCUCAACCGGAUAAUCAUCCAGGUACGAGGGAGCGGGGCUAGCGGCUGCAAAGAGGGAAGUGUGUCUUGUAUUGUCUGCAAACUGAGAACAUCCACAUCUGAAGGAUUUGUGCCAGAAGGAGGUGGCAGAGCGUAGGGUUUGUCAAGGAGUCGGAGAAUGUCCGGAGGUCUUUGUCCAUGACAGAGCAGAGGCAGGAAAAACAAUUCCUGCACAGGAAGUACAAUAGUUUUCGCUCCAUAAGACACACUUUUUUCCUCCCAAAAAGUAAGGGGCAAUGUCUGUGCAUCUUAUGGAGCAAAUGCACUGGAUGGCAGAGGGAUCCCUUGGCUGCCGCUGCAGUCGCGAGCUGAGGGAUGCCUCUGCAGCUGGAGCCAUAGCUCCUGUCCGUCGCUCGCAGUAAAGCAAGCAGAGCAAGAGACACGCUCUGUGCAGUUCUCACUUUUCUUGCUUCAAAGCAAGAGCCGCAGAGAGCAUGUUAGCGGCUCUUGCCCUGCUGGCUUUACAGCGAGGCAGGAGGAGGGACGCCCCUCCUCCCGCCUCGCUGUAAAGCCAGUAAAGCACCUGUCCCAGUAUCUCCUCUUCCUCUUCUUGCUCCAGCGUUGCCUCGCUUUACAGCGAGGCAGGAGGAGGGAUGAGCAAUCAAAGUGAGAGCUGUGCAAAGCAGGACAGAAGCCACGUAAACGGCUCUCGCUUUGCUUGCUUUAAAGCAAGAAAAACGAGAGCCGCUUACAUGCUCUGUGCAGAAUUUUUUUCCUCUUGUUUUCCUUAAAACUAGGUGCGUCUUAUGGUGUGAAAAAUAUGGUACCUCCUUCCGGCUUGGGCAUGAGGUCCAGCACUGCUUUGCCCAUAAUUAUUUGGGAUAGCAGAUGUUGCAGGUGUUAAUAUUUCACAGUUUGAAGUGACUGGAAGCGCAAGACCUGACUCCUUUUGGAAGGAAUCAUUGUCCAGGCGCAUAAAAAUAUUAUUCAAACUUUUGCUUGCCGAACUCUUUUAAAAACAGAGCAUAAGCAUUAAAGAUACAUCCAAAAAAAUCCAUUACUGUACAUUAUCUUGUUCUGUCCAGCACAGGUUCAUCGUCUUCUUAGAAAUAAAAGAUUUAAAAGAUCCAAAUUGUGUCUCUUCCCCCAUCCCAGCCUCAGUUGGCCUUAGGCCAGGCAUAGGCAAACUCGGCCCUCCAGAUGUUUUGGGACUACAACUCCCAUGAUCCCUAGCUAACAGGACCAGUGAUCAGGGAUGCAGGGAAUUGUAGUCUCAAAACGUCUGGAGGGCCGGGUUUGCCUAUGCCAGCCUUAGGCUAAUGCAUCUAUUGGAGAGUCAUUGGCAUGCAUAGUUUAGAAAAACUUAACAGCCUCCACCCUUUCAAGAUGGCGAAUUUGCAACUCAAUACCUUUAUCACAUGAUUAAAGUUUCACUCUCCAAAACAAUCAGCAAUUACUCAUUACCCCAUUAAGGAGCUCAGAGUCCUUUAGAAAACAACACUGGAAAAAACCCCAAUGUUAGCAACCCUUCAGCAAUGCACAUUUAGCUGUUUUCCAUUUCAAAACUUUGUUACUACACAUCCAUUUUCCAUUUCUGUGUGAAUUAAAUCUAUUAUAAACGGUGUGUGUGUGUGUGUGUUUGGCUUUUCCAAAGUAUACAGUCAUGCCAACGAUGGCAAAACAACUUUCUGCGAGAGGUGCCCUAUUAUGUAUAUACGUGUGUGGGUGUUGUUGUUUUUUUUGGGGGGGGGGAGAAAGACAGAACAGCUUCCUCCCCGCUCAGCAUCCUGUGUGCUGAAUAACCCGCACUGCCAUCCUCCUGCUUUCUCCCUCCCCACCCUUCUGGGCUCAGCUAGAAGAAGAGAAGGCUUCUCUCUUGGGGAAGAAGCAGGAAGUGGAGCAGGAGAAAGCCACGAUCCGGGACGAGUUAGUGCGGCUGGAGCAGGAGAAACUGGACCUGGACACAGAGCGCCACGGAUUGGGCCACUCCCUGCAGGCUGUGGAGCAGAGCCGGGCGACGCUGGAGCAGGAGGUGCUGGUUCUGCAGAAGGAGAGGGGGCAACUCCAGGAGCAGCUGGGACAGGUGAGGGGCAGCACUGGCAGGCAGGGAUGGAGGGCCCUUUGUCCCGUUAUGAGAAAAAACUGCUCCCUUUUCCUUAUCCAAGAGUCUGUAUAGAGUCCUUAAGUGGGUUGCCUAUUGGUAGGAUGAAAUAACAGUAUAUUGAGUAUAUUGAGAAGCAAAGCAACUAGUAAGCCUGAUCUUUAUUCAAGGAACUGUUGCAACAGGGUCCCCACUCACCACACGCAGGAGGGAGGAGGAACCCUGAGCAAUGGUGUGCAAGCCCAUAUACAGACUUUUGAAAUUGCCCACCCUGUAGCCCAAGACCACCCCCAAAAAAUCAUACAUACAUCACAGAAGGAGGCGGUCUACGGCAGAAAUCCUGUCUGCCAGGAUACCUGGUAAUGGUCGCUGAUUGCAUUACAUGGGCAUCCUGGCCAUUCUUCUGUGAUGGUUAAUACUUUAGUUCCUGAAUCCAAGUCACAGGCUCACCCUAUUCAUACACAACUACGCCCUCAAGAUAGGAUUUGUAAGCAAAAAGACGAUGGGAAGGCUUUCCUCAUUUGCCUCCCUUCCUGCAGAGGAAUAUUUAAGGUCACUGGGAGAGUCAAAAUGGCUCCAGGAUUGCUCUCCCAUACUAUUUCAGACACGUGGUUCAUAUAUUUAGAUAUGUGUGCGUUUGUGAAUAUUUAUUCUAUAUUUGAGACCUUAAAAUUCUUAUAACAGUCAAGAGCGGUAGUCUCGUAAUCUGGUGAACCGGGUUCGAUUCCCCGCUCCUCCACAUGUAGCUGCUGGGUGACCUUGGGCUAGUCACACUUCUCUGAAGUCUCUCAGCCUCACUCACCUUGCAGAGUGUUUGUUGUGGGGGAGGAAGGGAAAGGAGAAUUUUAGCCGCUUUGAGACUCCUUAGGGUAGUGAUAAAGCGGGAUAUCAAAUCCAAACUUCUUCUUUGUCCUCCUGCUGCUGCUCUGUCUGCAAUUCACUUUUCUAAAGUUCAAAGCGGAUUGUCCUGCAAGACUGGGACACAGCUACUUAGUGCAAGCUAGUUGAUCAUUGCGAUGUCUGAGUUGCUGGUCACUCCUCACAAGACUUCCACUACUUUGAUGAUGGUGGUGAUUUAUUAGACCUAUAUUUCACCCAUCGCAAGAUGUUAGGGAGGCUCACAAGAAUGUAAUGUUCAGCUGCAAGAGAGCUCACAACUGAGAUCUUGGGAGCAGACCUUUGCAGAAGCUGGGUUGCUCAGGUCUUCAUAACACAGAGCUUGCAAAGCUAAUGUUUUCUGAUAUUCGCAGCCAAAUCUGAGAUCUGCUGAGCUGGCAGUGGCUGAAUGGUUUUUGUUACAGGGCUGAGGUUGGCAUGAUAAACACCAGGCUCUUGAGUUGGUGCUUCUGGGUAGAGGGGCUGGGGGAACAGCCAAGGGGGCAUCUAAGUGAUGUCUAAGCUGCCACCCUCCCACCUUCCUUCCCUCCCUCUCUUUCUCUCCCUCUCAGCUUUCCCGCCACAGGAGUGCAACCGGUGAGGAGCUGGGGCAGGUGCGAAGGGAGCUAGAACGCCACAGCGAAGCAUCUCUGCGGGCAGCCAAGGAGAAGGAGUCGCUGAUGAAGGAAAAAGCCAGCCUGGUGGUGCAGCUGGCAGCCUCGGAGCGAGAGAACCGGGGCCUGGCAGAGGAGAUCUCUGGCCUCAGGUAUGUAUAAUAAUAAUAAUAAUAAUAAUAAUAAUAAUAAUAAUAAUUUUUUAUUUAUAUCCCGCCCUCCCCACCUGAAGCCGGGCUCAGAGCGGCUAACGACAAUAAAAAUAACACAAUUUACAUAAAAUCACAAUCAAUUAAUUGAAAUACGUUCUAAAAUCAAUUCAUGUGUGUGUGCCCCCAACCUUAGCACCUAUUAUUAUUUAUUCUGAUUUAUUUCUCCCAUUUGCGUCCCUCCAUUACUCCAAGGAGCUCAAACACAGUUCACUGUCCCGUUUCCUCUUUGCAACAGCCCCAUGAGGCUGAGAGUGCAGCGACCGGCUCUACGUUGCCCAGUGAGCUCCGUGGAAGGGUGGAGAUCUAAAACCUAGCCCUCCUGCAUCCUAGCCUGGGGCUUUGUUAUGGGGCUGGCAGGGAGGGGCGGCGUGUUGUUGUUGAAGUUUGUGGGUCGUAAAUACUUUGAGCCUUGGGGUCUGCUGCAUCGGCACUGCAAUUAGUCUGAUUUACGAGCACUCCGACACUUCUAUGGCGCCCACAGUGCUCUCUUCUCAGUUGUCGGACGUUAGCAGAGUUUAUACGCCGCAUAAAAUGGCUUUGUCUGGGUCAAUAACUCAGCUCAACACCAGUGCUUCUAUUCUAUCAACUGUUUAUUUAGAAGCAUACAGAAACAAAAGAAAACCUACAGAAUCAAGCUGCAUGCUUGCAGCGUUCUCCCUCUAACAAAACGAAACUAACUCUUUCACAUUCUCACAGCCCAGAGAGAGCUCAGCCCACAGAUCAAAGGAAAAUGCCCGGAUUGUAUGGGCAGUGCACCCAGUUAAUAAGAACGCCUCCUGGGAGAGUGUUAACUCUCAACUGUCCAGAACCACAACAGCUGUCCAGCUGGUUCUUCUGUCCCCCUGAGGUUGCUGGAAGAUGGUAGCCGCGUCACACAGUGUUUGCAAACAGGCUGGGGCAGGGGAGGCUGCAGGGAGGCACAGCCUUUGCCCCAGCAGAAAGGCAUCUUCUGCUCAGCUGCUUUCCUUUUCUCAGCUUUGCAUCCCCACCUUGAUGUGCACACACAAGUCUCCUCACCGAACCUGCUGGAAUUUCUGGCCUAAGCCCCAAAAGAGGAGGUACCGUAUCUUUCACUCUAUAGGACGCACUUUUUCCCUUCCAAAAAUGAAGGGGAAAUGUGUGUGCGUCCUAUGGAGUGAAUGCAGGCUUCAGGAAGCUAUCCGCAAGCCUUCGGAGCGCAGCGGGAGUGCCUGCCGGGCUCCCAAGGCUUGCGGAUAGCAGCCUGCAGCCUGAAGCUGUUCUAGCUUCGGAAUGGCUGUGCAAAGCCUCCGCAGGGCAGCGGGGUGCCUUCACCCCGCUGCCCUGCGGAGGCUUGAAAGGCUGUCCCGGAAGCCAAAACAGCGAGACGGGGCGCUGUGCAGCCCUCCGUCUUGCUGUUCUAGCUUCGGGAUGGCUGCGCAAAGUGCCUUCUAGCUUUGGGAUAGCUGUUCUAGCUUCGGGAUGGCUGUGCCUACACCCCGCUGCCCUGCGGAGGCUACGAAGGAUGUCCCCGAAGCCUCAAGCCUUUGGAGUGCAGCUGCGCUCCAAAGGCUUCAGGGAUCUUUGAGGCUGGCGGUGGGGGAAAGCAGCGCUUCCCCCCACCGCCAGCCCCACCAGCUCAGGGGGCAGCGGCAAGGCUGCGCGCAGCCUUUGCGCUGUUCCCCGACCUGCUCUUGAACGUACCUUGAACGCACCUUGUUUUAGAGGGGCAGAACAAGAAUUUUUUUUCCCCCCUGUUCUCCCCCUCCUAUGCUCUGGUGUGUCCUAUAGAGCGAAAAAUACGGUAUACGGAGCCUACCAGGCAGAGUAGAUGCAAGAUGGCUGAUGAGCAAAGAGGAAAACAACAAAAGAUGAGGGGAAUGAUAAUACAGUCCUUCUGUUCCUCCUCCCCGCUUCUGCCCAGGUCUGAAAAAGACGCCUUGGAGACGACCCUCUUUGAGAUCCAGCAGCACCUCGCCCAGCUGGAGACCCGGAAGGAGCAGCUGGAAGCUGAGAGGCAGGGCUUGCUCCAUGCCAAGGAAGCCUUGCAAGGUAUGCUGGGAGGAAGGUCUUCCUUUGGGUCCUCUUGUGCCACCCCUGUCUCUUUCCCUUCAGUGACUGGGUGUGGGAGUGUAGAUGGAGGUUUUUAUUACCCGACUUCACCGGCAGAUGUCCUUGCUUUUAAGCUGUGUGCCUGCCUCCUUCGAAUGCACCUGGGACCCUCCUUGCUUUCCCUUUCUUUAGAGGGGGCGGGGCUUUCUCCCGACAGAGGCGGGGCUCUUGGCUGCUAAGCCGCCGCCCUCUCAAGCCUAGCCACGCCCCCUUGCACGCAGUGGUGCCCGCUGGGCUGUCCUUGCCCCCAAUCAAGCCCCUCUUCUGAUAAUCGCCCUCCUCGCUCCAUCCAAGGUUUUGGGGGGACAGGAGGCGGGCGGCUGUGGAGGAUUCCUUGGUCCUGAAUGGGGUAACUGUGUCCCUGAAGGACCAGGUGCGCAGCCUGGGAGUCAUUCUGGACUCACAGCUGUCCAUGGAGGCGCAGGUCAAUUCUGUGUCCAGGGCAGCUGUUUAUCAGCUCCAUCUGGUACGCAAGCUGAGACCCUACUUGCCCACAGACUGUCUUGCCAGAGUGGUGCAUGCUCUGGUUAUCUUCUGCUUGGACUACUGCUAUGUGCUCUAUGUGGGGCUAUCUUUGAAGGUGACCCAGAAACUAUAACUAAUCCAGAAAGCAGCAGCUAGACUGGUGACUGGGGGCGGCCGCCGAGACCACAUAACACCGGUCUUGAAAGACCUACACUGGCUCCCAGUACGUUUCCGAGCACAAUUCAAAGUGUUGGUGCUGACCUUUAAAGCCCUAAAAGGCCUUGCUCCAGUAUACCUGAAGGAGCGUCUCUACCUCCAUCGUUCUGCCUGGACACUGAGGUCCAGUGCGAGGGCCUUCUGGUGGUUUCCUCGCUACGAGAAGUGAGGUUACAGGGAACCAGGCAGAGGGCCUUCUCGGUAGUAGCGCUUGCCCUGUGGAACGCCCUCCCACCAGAUGUCAAGGCAAUAAUCAACUAUUUUACUUUUAAAAGACACCUGAGGGCAGCCCUGUUUAGGGAAGUUUUUAAUGUCUGACGCUGUAUUGUUUUUGAUAUUUGGUUGGAAGCCGCCCAGAGUGGCUGGGGAGACCCAGUCAGAUGGGCAGGGUAUAAAUAAUAAAUUAUUAUUAUUAUUAUUAUUAUUAUUAUUAUUAUUAUUAUCCCCUUUGCGUCUUGACCUCUGUCCGUCUGUCCUGCCCCAGCGGAGCUGGCUGCCGUCCGCAAGGAGAUGAAGGCCGAGGUGAGCCGACUGGAGCGAGACAAGGACCUGGCGGCCCAGAAGCUCAUUCAGACGGAGCAGGAAACCCAGGCCACCUUGAGGAGUGCGCAGGCGGAUCACGAGGAGGACGUGGACCGUCUCCAGAGGGAGAAAGUACGUGCCGCCUCCCCGGUCAGGCGCAGAGGGCUGGGUCCAGGACCACUUUGGUCCUCGGGUAACACGCUGCCCUCGGGGGACAGGGCUGCAGAGAGGAGCCAGGAUUGCAGAAGGCCCCAGAUGUUUGUGGGGCUCGCACGAAUGGAUACAAAGGUGCCGGCCAGAUCCCAGGCAUGCAGGCCCUUUGCUCUUUGCUGGCUCUUGCUCUCCCUAAGCUGUUAAGCACGCACAGCUGCUCAGUCGUUGGCAGGUGACCCAAUCCCUCCCCUCCAGGAAUCUGUCUGACCCUUUUUAAAAGCCAGGGGCACUGUCUUGCCUGGAACAGUUCUUUCCUUUUCUCCCCCCAAACAGUUUUUGAUCUGGGCUUCCGCUGCAUUUUAAGUAGUAUUUUAAUCUUGUUUUUAAGUUGUAAAAUUGUUGCUUAUUUUCCAACAGUUUAUAUCCAUAUUGUAACAAAUUGUAGCAAAAUUAACCGGCAAAGUCCUCAUAACAAAGUCCUCUUUAUAUUCUCCAACUUUGUAUUUUAAUCAAUUGUUUUUAUACCUGAUGUUAGCCGCCCUGAGCCUGGUCUUGGCUGGGGAGGGCAGGGCAUAAAUAAAAUUAAAUAAUAAAUAAAUAAAUAUCCUGAAUCUACUGCCCACCUGCCUCAUUGGGUGACCCCCAAAUAUGAGGGAGAAGCCUCUUUUUCCUGCUCAACUUUCACCCCAGCAUGUUAACAUGCUUGCCUGUCACAUGUUCCCUGCUUCCCUCAAUUUUUAGGGUUUUAUUUAUUUUUUUGUUAAAAUGAAAUCUCACUAACCUUAUGGGUUUUCAUUUCCUACCUUUUGGUCCCUCCUUCGUGUGCCUCCUCCUCAAGAAUUCUCCAGAGGGUGGCAACACGAGAACGGGGCCUUCUCUGCAGUGGCUCCCUGUCUGUGGAAUGCUCUACCCGGGGAGGUUCGCCUGGUGCCUUCAUUAUACACCUUUAGGCACCAGGCAAAAAUGUUUCUUUUAAACCAGGCCUUUGGUUGACCAGAUCAACAUCCUAUACCCUUUUAAAAUGUGGUUCUUUUUGUUAUUGGGUUAUUGUUUUUAUUUUUAUUUUAUAUACUGUGAUCUUUUUUUGUGAACCGCCCUGAGACCUCUGGGUAUAGGGUGGUAUAUAAAUUCUAUAAAUAAUAAUAAUAAAUAAUAAUACUGCAGGGUAAGGUGGGGCGAUAUGUCAAUAUAUUGUCCAAAACUGGUUUGAAGUCCAUAUCGUGAUGCUGGUUUUGUAAUUUUUAAACCUGGAAAUAUAUUGUGAUGUCAAAAACCCAGAUAUUGCCUUGGAAUCAAUCUUGGGCCAAGCACUCACUCACCUGGUAUGAGAGCUUUCGGUUGACAAGGAGUGGUUCUUUUUAAUAAUAAUAAAAAUAAAUUUUAUUUAUACCCUCCCCUCCCCAGCCAAGACCGGGCUCAGGGCGGCUAACAACCAAUAGUAAAAACAAGUUGAUUAAAAUACAACUUAAAAGACAAGAUUAAAAUACAACAUUAAAAUGCAGCCUCUUCAUAGGAGGAGAAACGAGAAAAGAAAGAGGGGGAGGGAAUCAAAUUGAUUCUAAGCCAAAGGCUAGGCGGAACAACUCUGUCUUACAGGCCCUGCGGAAAGAAAUCAGAUCCUGCAAGGCCCUGGUCUCAUGAGACAGAGCGUUCCACCAGGCUGGGGCCAGUGUUGAAAAGGCCCUGGCUCUGGUUGAGGCUAAUCUGACUUCCUUAGGGCCCGGGACCUCUAGGGUGUUGCUAUAUAUGGACCUUAAGGUCCUCCGUGGGGCAUACCGGGAGAGGCGUUUAGCCAUUGAAACUUGGCUGCGGAGGAGGCCUUGCUAUGGGUGCUGGGGGCCCCCAUCUCCUUGUCCACAUGGGCAUGGGAGGGUCCACUCCUGAGCUUCUUCGCCCUGUCGGCCUGGUAGGAGGCACUGCGCCUGGAGCUGGAAGCAGAACGUGAGGAGAUGCUGCAGCGGCUGAGCCAAGAGCGCGAGGAGAUCCUGGCCCGCCACGAGGCGGAGAAGGAGGAGCUGAGCGAGGAGAUCACCAGCCUCCAGCAGGAGCGCGACGAGGGACUCCUUCUGGCCGAGAAUGAGAAGCAGCAGGUGAAAGUCUGGGAGACAGGGAAGGAAGGAAGGAAGGAAGGAAGGAAGGAAGGAAGGAAGGAAGGAGGUGCAAGCAGUGGUGUAGCAUGGGGGGCCCACGGAGCAGGCUGCCCCAGGUGCAAAAUUCUUAGGGGUGCAAAAGUGCUGCUGUAUUGAAGUUGUAUGCUUCCAUCACUGGCUCCGUUGAAAAUGGCUCCUCCACGCGGAACAGGAAGCGACCUCACCAGACAAUGGAACAAUUCUUCUUUUAGGCAGUUGAAUGUGCAUGCACACUCCAUCUGUUUACCCCACCACCCCGCUCUGCAUGGCCCCGGGCCCUGGCAACCCAUGCUAUGCCACUGGGUGCAAGGCCCCAGUCCACUGCCAGCUCUGCAAGACUCCCCACAUACUGUAAAUUCCCCAAAGCGGGACACCCAAUCUUGUCACAGGGGAACCUUGCCUGGUGCCUCUCCUCACUGGCCAUAGCCCAAGGAUUUGGGGUGGGGAAAGAGAAACAGCCCACUUAGCUCCAGAAACCACCGAGGCAUCAGACGUCGCAUAUUUGCACGAUUCGCUGUUCCGCCAAUGUGGAAGUUGUGGCGUUGAGCCUCCCUCAGUGCGUAGGAGGGCUACAAGAGUGGAGAUGUGGCUCCCCAGUGUGUCUCCCUGCUGCUCCAGAGGCCACUACUGACUCCCUCGCCCCCUCGCCCCCAGGCGCUGUCUCUCAAGGAGUCGGAGAAGGCCAUUCUCCUGGAGAAGCUUUCAGGGGCGCAGCAGAGCCUAGCCAGCAUCAGCCUGGAGGCGGAGAGGCACAAGCGAGACGCUCAGAGUCUGCAGGAGCAAGAGCGGGUAGGCGGUGGCAGGGUCAGGAUUGGGGCGGGGGCCUGUCUGAUGGAGAACAAAUGUGUGUGGAAGCAGGUGGCCAUUAUUCAUUCGCACGACGAAGUGCCAGCUCCUGCAACCUGGCUCAGCUUAGGUGAAUGGGGCAGGCUUGAAUUGUACUUUUGGUUUUUUCUGAACCCCUCGUCCUGUCCCGUCCCCACCGCCAUACACAACUUUUUCCGGAGCGAGGAGCUCUGCAGUGCUUGAAAGCCCCCCUGUGUUGCUGGAAGCUUUAUUCUGCCUCUCCCUUUUCAACAGCAGACGUGGAAGCGGAUGUUUCCAACUUGCUUUCGACGCUGAGGGCUAGAAACUUGCUCCAUCUUUUCCUUUGUUGUUUUAAGCAUGAUCUGAGUUUCUCAGGAGGUCGCACCCUUUGCCUGGUGCUUCAGCCAGUGUUGCAUACAAGCAGGGCUUUUUCUUUUUUUAAGCCGGAACUUAGUUGGGUGCCAUUGCCAUUAUAAGAGAACAAGUUCAAAGGCACCUCCUUUUCUAGAAAAAUAGCAUUGUAUACAAGCCCACCCUGGCUGGUAGGAUAUGGAGCGUUAUGCAAGGAUAAGCCAAAAGCAGAAGCCAAACUCCUUGGCUCUGUGGGGCUUCGUUCAUGCCUCUUCCUCCACGACCUUUUCUGUAUUAUUUUCUCCCUCUGGAAAAUUUUUCCCUAUCUCCAUUAUCCAGAGAAAAUGGUGCCUGGCUGCUGAGGGGUGGAGGGUGGGACGCUUCUUCUAGGCCAGAGAGCGCCAUUUCUUCGUCUUGUUGCAGAGCACCAUCAACGCCUUGAACUCGGAGCUGCGGGGCCUGCGUGCCCAGUUUGAGGAAGCCAUUAUGGGCCACGAACGGGAGGUGAAGGUCCUCCACGAACAGGCCAGGGAUCUGAUGAAGCAGCGAGAGUCGGCCCUCCGCGAGGUGAGGGGGCGAUGGGAGGGAGGGAGGGAGGCCUUCAUGGAGACUCAGGGACAAGAACACCACCACCUGAGCUGCUCUGGUAGUCUGGGGAGGACCAAAUUACCUAUUUCCUCUUAAGGUAAGGGCAACGGACAUUGCUAAGCCUGGCAGGGCAGCUUACUCUAUGGCAUUAACCCCUUCAUGCAUUAAUUAGACUUAGGCAUGCUGGUUAUGUGAGGCUGGUUAUCCCACCAUUCUUAUGCAGGAGGUCUGUUACCCCUUCAGUGGAGCAGCUGCUUUGCGCUGCACACAGAGGGCCCCGGGUUCAAGCCCCUGCCUGAACCCAGGAGAGCACCUGCCGCUGCCCGUCACAGCAGAGGUGGACAGGCUGAGGGCCUAACUCUGCACCGGGCAGCUCCCUGCACUCCUGCCCUCCCACUUCAGGCAGCCUCAGAAUUCCCGGCAGGAGCCCAACUCUGGCUCUUUGCUCCAUCCUCUUCCUGGCCAGGUGGAGGAGCUGAAGAUGCAGGUGCAGAUGGUGGAGGACGCGAGGGACCAGACCCGCCGGGAGCUGCUGGAGGCGCACCGCAAGUCGCGGGAGGCCCACGAGGCCCUGGAGGCUCAGCGCAAGGAGGCCGUGGACCUGCGGAGGAGUCUGAGUGAUGAGGCCAAGGAGAAGGAGGCCCUGCAGAGGUCCAAUGGGGAGCUGCGCGUUGCUGUGAAGAGGGCCGAGAGCGAGCGCGUCAGGUGGGGAGAGAGAGGACCCUGCUGCCUUCUGCUCCAGGGAAGGGGAGAAUGGGGGGGGGCAGGAGUUGACUGCCUAAAUCCCACCUCUGCCACAGAUUUAAUCUCUUCCUCCACCCCACAUGGUCUCUCUCGGCCUCGGUUCUUUGUCUGUAUAAUGGGCAUAAUGGCAAAGUCAGUUCCACGGAGGAAACAUGUGAUAGCUUCACAGCUUGGCUCCAUCUUGGUGGUUGGUUACUGGGCCUCUCACCCUGAGGGCCGGAAGAACCACGUCGCUGGGGUCCAAACCCCUCCUCUUUCCUUGCCUCCAGUUUGAAGCGGGCCAACGAGGAGAAGGAGCAGAAAGUCGCCAUCUUGGAGGAGGCCCGGGCAGCUGUGGGCAAGGAGGCUGCCGACCUCCGCAGCAGCCUCCAGGACGUGGAGCGUUCGCGGCUGGAGGCCCGCCGGGAACUGCAGGAGCUGCGGCGGCAGGUAAGGCCUGGCACGGGAGAGGGGAGGGGCUGCCAGGGAAGUGGGAGCCACGACUCAGCCUCCCUUUCCACCAGGUGGGAAAAGACAGCAGGUGCACAGUUAGUUGAAGCAAAGGCGAGACUAGGUAUUCUGUGGACUACUGCUCUGGCCAACUUAUGUCUUGCCAAAUGCAAGGCGGCUCUUUUAAAAUGAGAUUCAGAGGCAAUACAAACACAAGUGAGCGAGAAGGUUAAAGAUUUUAUUCUAAGCAUUAUAUACAUUACCAAGCAAGCACUUCAAUAUGCCACUUGGAAGCGGAGAAGCGACUCCCCCAGGUAGCCUUAGUUUGCACGGCCCUGUGAUUGACCAGUCUGUGCAUGAGCUUCUCAGAACUCGGCCCAACACCAUCUGAUUUAUAGAUGUGGUUUGCCUGACUGCCUAUGUGCUACCAGCUAAGUACAGAUUAUUCAUUAGUCACCUCUUCAGAUGCCUCACUUUCUUCAAACAAUGUCCAACAUCAAGGCAGCAUAAUCACUUCCUUCCAACAGAUUAAAAAGGUAAAGGUAAAGGACCCCUGACAGUUAAGUCCCGUUGCAAACGACUCUGGGGUUGCGGCGCUCAUCUCGCUUUACUGGCCGAGGGAGCCGACAUUUGUCCGCAGACAGUUUUUCCAGGUCAUGUGGCCAGCAUGACUAAGCCGCUUUUGGCGAAACCAGAGCAGCGCACGGAAACGUCGUUUACCCUCCUGCCGGAGCGGUACCUAUUUAUCUAUUUCCACUUUGACAUGCUUUCGAACUGCUAGGUGGGCAGGAGCAGGGACCGAGCAACGGGAGCUCACCCCGUCGCAGGGAUUCGAACUGCCGACCUUCCGAUCGGCAAGCCCUAGGCUCAGUGGUUUAGACCACAGUGCCAGCCAUGUCCUUCCAACACAUUAGGACUAGGAAAUUAAAGGCUGUCCUUCAGCCAUCAAAGAGCUUAGAGAGGGGGAAGCAAACAGGAGCAGGAAUGUUAACCAUGUUAGAGCACUAUCUCCUCAAAAUACAAAUAUCUUCUGGAUAGAUUCCCAUACGCACCCACUUCCAAUUCCCGGGACAUGGUGGGUUUCAGUGCACUGAAAGCAGUGCUUUUGAGAUGCUUUGGGGCAAUCUUGCAGCUCCUGCCAACGUAGAGCAAAUCUCAUUGUUGAUGAGUCUGAAUCAUGGGUGCUGGCUUCGAGGUUGUUCAGUAUAGACAGUUUUAGCAUGCUCAGGCGUCGUCUUGCCUCCUUGUGGGUUGAUGCUUUGCGUGGUACCCCUUCCAGCGGCACUGUCAGAUUGAAUGAGUAGCCCCGUCUAUAGUGCAUUCCAGCAUUUUGAAGUUUUUCUGUAUAGGUUUUAAAGGCACGACUGUGAUUUAAGGUUGCCAGACAGUAACCCUGCAUAAUAGGUGUAUUCUGGCCCUCCCAUUCCAGACUGUCAAGUAUAGAAAGUUCUUUUUAAAUGGUCUCCUUAGCAGAAAAGCAGGGAAGUUCAAAAAUAAUGACUCUGGACCUGCUGUUGACAGUUUGGAAGUGCUGGCCUGCUAUGUCGGCUUACCCUAGAUCAGAGGCAUUAAGCUUAAAAUUAGGGAACAUAUGAUUAAACCAGGAAAUCAUAAAAGGAAGUAAAUCUUGGUCUUCCAAAGAUUCUCACCUUGGAGAGAAUUAUUGCCUGCUUCCUUCAGACAAAGCUGUCUCUCUCUAGUUUUGGCUUCUAGUUUAUUGAUUUCCCCCAUCUGUCUGAUUCCUGAGUUUAGAGCUUCAUUUGCAGUUUUCGGGACAUCAGAGACCUGGGUUUCUGCCAUGUCGAGUCUUUUCUCUAUCGGGGUCUCAAAGGUGCUUUUAACUCUAAGGUUAGAUCUUGCCUUAGAUCUCGUCUCGGCUUAUCCAGUUGGGCAGUUAGCUCAGUGAGAAGGAAACUGGCAAUCGCCUCGUCUCUCAGAGAGUUUUGCUGCCUUGGCUGCCAUCCUUGGGCUGCCUCCUUCUUCCUGCUGCUCAGAAGUUUGAAGUUGAUCAGUGGGCUCAGCUGAUGGUUUUCGUUUCUGUUCUGUUGUUAAAUGGGAUCCCUGGUGCAGAGUCUAUAAUGAGCAUGUCUCGCAGAAUCAAUUUUUUAGGUUUUCUAGUUGGAUUGGAAGUUUGAUAGUACAUGGGUAGUUAGAAUAAAAGAAUUAGACAGCCAUCUUGUUAGAUGUUCAAAGUGCCUGAAUGUGGGGGUUCCUGGUCAUUCACUGUGGGGCUCCAUCACCCCCCCUAUUUCUUGCUCCCUCCUCCUUGACGCUUUCUCUCUUCUCUUCCCCAGUUCUCUCUCUCACGUUUUCAUGCCACUGCUAGGGCUGGGCGAUAUAUCAUCUGAAACUGGUUUGAAGUCCACAUAGUGGUAUUGGUUUCCUAAUUUUUGGCCUGGCAAUAUAUUGCAAAUCAUGGUGCGUGUGUGUGUGCUAUGAAAAAACCGCCAAUGCUUCUCUCAAUUCCUGCAGCCCCUUUAACUCUGCCGCCUCAGGUCUCUCACAAGAGCAGAAAAUUAUGAUGUGGGGAGAACCGUGAAGCCAGCCAAUGCCUCUACAUAGCUCCAACCUUAUUUCAGGCAACGUGAUAUAAUGGUAUAUCGUGAUGUUUAGCUGGUGAUAGACCACAAUGUUGGAAACCGGAUUUCGCCCAGCCUUAGCCGAUGCCUUUUUUGUUUUUGUUUCUGCAUCUCUCUCCCUCCCUCCACCCACUUUCUCUCUGUUUUUCUUCUGGUUGGAGACAGCUAGCUUUCAAGAGUGCUGUGGAAGAUGUUUCGGAACCUUUGGCUCCAGUAGGUUUGGCAGGCUUUGGAAACUGUUCAGGAGCCUGCAGGACCUGUUUUCCGCAGGCUGAAAUGAGCCGCGAAUGGUGGCAGCCUGCUGCAGUGCCACAUCCUCCCUCCCUCCCUCUCGAACCUCCUUCUGCCCCUCUGAAAAGACAAGGGCCCAUCCAUCUCUGGAUCGACCCCCUUCGCUCUCUCUCUCAGCUUGCAAGAACCAGGAUCCCUCCCUUUGCCGCCUUUUGCACAGGUCAAGAUGCUUGACAGCGAAAACACCAAGAAAAGCCAAGAGGUGGCUGAGCUCCAGGCGCGGGUGGCCCUGGAUGAGCAGCGGGACGAGGAGAGCAGGAGGGAGUCUUUCAGCCUCAAGCAGAAGAUCGUGGAGAGCGAAGCCACACGGGAGUCGACCCGGAAGGAGGUGAGGGCCUGGCCUGCAAACCUUUCAUGGCUGAGCUUUGUCCUGGGCAGCCAGGAAAUCCCCUCAAACUCUUCUGGGGUGGGCGCUGCUUCCUGGGACCUCGAUAUAUGGCAAAUUCCCAUGGCAGAGUGUGAUUGACCUGAGCCCAGCCUUCAGGGUGCCCUUGGCUGAAAGCUCCGUUUCUGAUCUGUCGUGUGCAUUUCAUUUCAUUUUGUAUUAUUAUUUGUAUCCCGCCUUUCUGUAUUACUGUAUUGAGCCGAAGAAACAACAGAAUACAGUGGACGCUUGCUUUGCGAACGUGAUCCGUGAAGGAUGCACAUUCGCAACCCACAGCAUUCGCAACCUGCGUCUGCACACGCGCAGGUUGAGAUUCAGCGUUUCUGUGCAUGCGCAAAGUGCUAUUUAGCGCUUCUGCACAUGUGCGACCGCCGAAACCCGGAAGUAACCUGUUCCGGUACUUCCGGGUUUCGUCGGUCUGCAGCCGGAAAAAAACACAACCUGAAGCGUCUGUAACCCGAGGUAUGACUGUCGCACAGAUCACAUACCUAAUAACUAUCUGAUCCAACACAAAAAAGUCACAAUAAAAACUUUUAAAUAAAACAAUAUCCAGUGAUCACUUAGAAUAGAAUAGUAAACAGUAAAAUUAAAUAUCAGCAAGUAAUAAUUAAGCAGCUUGCACUUAACGAUUACAGUAAAGAAUUACUAAACUAUAAUCGGUAAAAAAAUAAUGACAUAAAAGACCACAAAACAGACCCAACCAUGUAAAAGGAUCAAAUUGAGAAACAAGGACACACAACUUAUAAAAUUAUUGGCUCAUUCUGUGAGCCCUACCACUGACUAAGGGGGAAUGGACUGCAUCCCUCCCCCUUAGUUGCUUGUGUGCUUAUUUAGGAGUAACCCCAGCAGAGCAUACUUCUGAGUAGACCUGCACAAGACUGACAGUUUUACUCUGAGGUUCCUCCAGUGAAAACUGAAGCUGGGGCAGUUCAGUUGGCAGCACUUUUUUGCCUCUGACUCUGCCCACUUCUUGUAUGUGGCCCCCAACAGACUUAUUUAUUGACCACAAACUUGACAUGAGCCAACAGUGUGACGCGGCAGCUAAAAAAGCCAAUGCAAUUCUGGGCUGCAUCAAUAGGAGUAUAGCAUCUAGAUCAAGGGAAGUAAUAGUGCCACUGUAUUCUGCUCUGGUCAGACCUCACCUGGAGUACUGUGUCCAGUUCUGGGCACCACAGUUCAAGAAGGACACUGACAAACUGGAACGUGUCCAGAGGAGGGCAACCAAAAUGGUCAAAGGCCUGGAAACGAUGCCUUAUGAGGAACGGCUAAGGGAGCUGGGCAUGUUUAGCCUGGAGAAGAGGAGGUUAAGGGGUGAUAUGAUAGCCAUGUUCAAAUAUAUAAAAGGAUGUCACAUAGAGGAGGGAGAAAGGUUGUUUUCUGCUGCUCCAGAGAAGCGGACACGGAGCAAUGGAUCCAAACUACAAGAAAGAAGAUUCCACCUAAACAUUAGGAAGAACUUCCUGACAGUAAGAGCUGUUUGACAGUGGAAUUUGCUGCCAAGGAGUGUGGUGGAGUCUCCUUCUUUGGAGGUCUUUAAGCAGAGGCUUGACAACCAUAUGUCAGGAGUGCUCUGGUGGUGUUUCCUGCUUGGCAGGGGGUUGGACCCGAUGGCCCUUGUGGUCUCUUCCAACUCUAUGAUUCUAUGAUUCUAUUUUAUUUAUUAAAUCUAUAUACCGCGCCCCUCAUCCAAAGAUCUCAAGGCAGUUCACGGAAUAAAAUACACCAGUAAAUAAUUAAACCAAGACAACGAAACAAUAAUCCAACCUUCCCACAGACAUAUUUAAAAGGCUGUGGGAUAUUAAUCUGCCAAAGGCCUGGUUUCUCCAGCUGCCUGAAUGUAUGCAAUGAAGGCGCUGGGAGAGCCUCCCUGGGGAGAGCACUCCACAAAUGGGGAGCCACUGCAGAAAAGGCCCCACCUCGCGUUGCCACCUUUCAGACCUCACAUAGAGGAGGCACACAGAGAAGGGCCUCUGAUGGUGAAAUAGAGUCUGGGGCGGUUUCUAUGCUUGCCCAGCCUGUGCCUCUUCUUCCCUCCUCGCCAGCUCCUCAACCUGCAGAGGAAGAUCGUGGACUUGGAGGGCGAGUUCCGCCUGCGGGAGAGAGGCCUUCUGGGGAGCCUGGAGGAGGCCCGCGGCAACGAGAAGAAGCUGAUGGACAACGGCCGCAACCUGGAGAUCAAGCUGGAGAAGGCGCAGGCCGAGGGAGCCGAGCUGAGCCUGCGGCUGAGCGCCUCCGAAGGACGGGUCCACGGCCUGGAAGCGGAGCUCGCUCGCGUGGAGGGCCUGAAGCGCGACGUGGAGUUCAAGCUGGGCCGGCUGCACUCGGCUCUCCGGCGCACGAUGGGCAUUGGCCAUGGGGGCCGCGCCCCCAGCCCUGCUUUCAGGGCCCGUGGCAGCUCCCCCAAGAGGCUCUUCUCCCCCCCAAAAGGUAAGUACCACACUCUGAGGGAGGAUAGAUCCACAGUCCACUGGCCUUUUGCUGAGAUCUUGGCGACUUUUUGACACUGGCAGCCACUUCCUUCACGCUUUCUCUCUCUUUUUUAAUCAAUUUUUUUUAUUGAUUUUCACAAUUAUCACAGAAAAAAUUACAAAACAUAUCAAAACAUACAAUAAAGAAAGAAAGAAAGAAAAAACAACACAAAAGAGAAUUAUUACUUCACAUCCAUAAUUUCCUUACAUUGAUAACCGACUUCCUCAAAUCCCCUCUAACUGAAUUUCAUUAUAUCACCUGUUUAACAGUUCUCCAAAUUCAUAUUUCUAAUAAUAUCAACUCCUUUCCUUUACUAACCUCAUCUCCUUUAUUAAUAUUCUCAUCCUUAAUAUUUACUAACACAUAUUCUUAUUCUACCCCUAAGCCUAUUUAUUACUUCCAAGAAUUUUCUCUUUAUCUUAUAUUACAAUAUUUAGCUAAAUAUUCUUUAAAUUUCUUCCACUCCUCUUGUGUCUCCUCUUCUUUCUGGUCAUGGAUUCUUCCAGUCAGGUCGGCCAGCUCCAAAAAGUCCAUCAUCCUCAUCUGCCAUUCUUCUAUUGUUGGUAUCUCUUGCGAUUUCCAGUUUUUGGCUAAUAAAAGUCUUGCCGCUGUAGUGGCAUACAAAAACAAUCUAACAUCUUUUUUUGACAAUUCCAAUCCUAUUAUUCCAAGUAGAAAGGCUUCUGGUUUCUUAACAAAUGUAUUUUUCAACAUUUUUUUCAACUCAUUAUAAAUCUUUUCCCAGAAGUCUUUCACCUUAGGGCACGUCCACCACAUAUGAUAAAAAGUACCUUCUUUUUCUCUGCAUUUCCAACAUAGAUUAUCAUUUGUAUGGUAAAUCUUUGCUAGUUUCACCGGGGUUAAGUACCAUCUAUACAUCAUUUUCACAAUAUUUUCUUUUAAUACAGUACAUGCAGUAAACUUAACCCCUUUCUUCCACAAUCUUCGUGCUUUCUCUCUCUAGGGGAUGUCACCGCAGACGGGCCAGGCAGCCCCACACCACAGGCAGGCAGCUUGGCCUCCCGCCCCCUCUCCCCGGAGCUCGCUGGCUCCCCCAGCCGGAGCGAGCAGCUGGUAGCUGACAUCGACCCAGAGGUGGUUCGCACCGCGCUCCGGGACUUCCUGCAAGAACUGAGGGAGACGCAGCGAGAGCGGGUAUGGCUGGUGCAGGGGUGGGUGGAUCUUCUUUCCCACGAGGUUCUGAGCCUUCAUGGGCCCCCUGGUUGUAAACAAAAAUUGCCCUUUUCCCUUAUGGGGUGUCCAAGAGCCCAUAUAGAGUCCUUACAUGGGUUCCCUACUGGUAGGAGAAAAUAACAGAGGCCAACCAGAGAAUAUUGAGAAGCAAAGCAGCUAGUAAGCUUGAUCUUUAUUGAUCUGUUGCAACAGGGUGCUCCCCUCACCCGCAGGAGAGAGGAGGGACCCAGAAAAAUGGCGCACAAGGCCUUAUAAAGACUUUGAAAAUUGCCACCCUGUAGAUCAAGACCACCCCCAGAAACAUCAUACAUCACAGAAAAGGCGGUCUAAAACAGAAAUUUGAAUGUUGUUUUUCCUGUUCCCAGGUUAUCUGAUUUCCUUUCCUGAUUGCCUUUCCUGAUAGUCUGUCACCUAUUAAAAUGCUGAUUACUCAAUUCCUGAGACAAUGGGAAAGCUCCCUGACCCCCCUCCCUUGCAGGGAAAACAUUUGGUCAGUUUGGGAAUCAAAAUGGUUUCAGGUUGGUCUUCCUGUGCUGAUCUAUGUACGUGCUUGGUUGGUACACUUAUGAACAUUACCAUAUAUCUAAGACCUCAAAAUUCCUAUCACACCCUCCAUGCUCAAAUCCUGACAGCCAGUCGUCUUGUUGUUCUUCCUCCCUUCCUCUCUCCCUUUCUGUCCGUCCUCCUUGGGGUCCAGGACGAAGCCCGUUCCCAGCUGAGCACCUUGAACGGCCAGCUGGCAGAGAUGGAGGCCGAGCGGGACGUCGCUGUGACUCGAGUGCAGCAGCUGCAGAAGCAGGUGGCCGAAUGCGAUGAAGGUGGGUCGGAGGGGGGUCUGAGUUCUCUUGUCUACUCUGCUGUGUCACCCUAAGGGCUGGGCGAUAUCUGGUUUCCAACAUCGCGGUAGAUCACGAGCCGAACAUUGCGAUAUGCUGAUAUAUCGCAAUUCCUGAAAUAAGAAUGGAGUUGGUAUUCAACUUCAUAUCACCAGCUAAACAUUGGAAUAUACUGAUAUAUCGCAAUGUCUGAAGUAAGGAUGGAGCUGUGUAGAGGAAUUAGCUGGCUUCGUGGUUUCCCCCACAUUGUGAUUUUUGCACAGCACACACAAACACCGUGAUUCGUGAUAUAGUGCCAGGUCAGAAGCUAUGAAACCGAUAUCACAAUACGGAUUUCAAAUCGCUUUUGGGCGAUAUAUUGAUAUAUCACCCAGCGCUAGUCACCAGCAGCCUCGUUUCUGUGGUGGUUUUUUCAAAGGUUCCCUUGAAUAACACCCCCUCCCGAGUUUUGAAUGAAGAGCGAAGGGGGGGGUUUUAAAAAACAUCAGCUAAGUCAUUAAACUGCAUUUCCCACCAGAGAAGUGAAGUGCGGGAUGCACUAAAACAAAUGACAGUUUCUAUCAUUGAGGAGCUGGAGGUUUCUAGGGGAGAUUUCAAGGGCCACAAGCCCUGCCUUGCCCGGCCUCUGCCCACUGAGCGCUCUGCCCUCUUUCCUCCUCUGCAGGGAGGCGCAGUGCAGACGGGAAACUGAGCGGAGCCCAAACGGCCCUGAUGCAGCAGGAGGAGACCCUGCGCCGGAACGAGAGGGAGCGCAAGGCCCUGGCGGACAGGCUGGCUGCGUUGGAGCGGAGCCUGCAGGCGGCCGACAGCGAGCGCAGGGCCACCCAGGUGAGGCAACGCUAGGCAGGGAAGCAGGACCACAGGGCGAGGAAGGUGCCCAGCAGGAGAUCAGUCUGUGAGGAAGGAGCUCCACCUCUGCUCCCUGCCCCCCUCACUCCUUCCAGGCCCUGGCAGCAAAACUUGGAGACGGACGGACAGUGGACUUGAAGCUCCCUCCCCAGUCACCAGGUCCAUCACACACAAGGCCUAGCUGUCAGCUGAUCUGUGUGGGUUACUCCUCUGGUGGGGUAGGAGAACCGGGGGAGAAAUCCACAUCUGACAACCAACAUGCUGCUUUGGUUUCAGAUAAUAUCUGGGUAAAGGUAAAGGGACCCCUGACCAUUAGGUCCAGUCGUGGCCGACUCUGGGGUUGCGGCGCUCAUCUCGCUUUAUUGGCCGAGGGAGCCGGCGUACAGCUUCCAAGUCAUGUGGCCAGCAUGACUAAGCCGCUUCUGGCGAACCAGAGCAGCGCACGGAAACGUCGUUUACUUUCCCGCUGGAGCGGUACCUAUUUAUCUACUUGCACUUUGACGUGCUUUCGAACUGCUAGGUUGGCAGGAGCAGGGACCGAGCAACGGGAGCUCACCCUGUUGCGGGGAUUCGAACCACCGACCUUCUGAUCGGCAAGUCCUAGGUUCUGUGGUUUAACCCACAGCGUCACCCGCGUCCCCUAAUCUCUGAGUAGAUGAGUCUAAAAAGCCCGGGACGCAAAUUUUCACGGCCGUCUAGCAGCUAUGGUGGUUCAUUGACCAGAAGUAAUGUAUUUAGUGUUAACUCUGAAAGUGUAUACUCAAUUCUGACCAAACUAAGCCUCCUGGUGUAUAUUUUGCUCCGAUCAAGGAACAAAGUUGGGCGGCUGCCAAGGGACCUGGCAGAGGCCAAGGAAUAUGCUGAGCUGAUGAGGGAGGGGGGGGGAGCAGCAGCAGCAGCAGGUCCAGCUCAGGUCUGGGCCACCAGUCGUGCUCUCCCGAAGCUUGCCACCGUUUCUCGUAGAGAAAGAGGCUGCUGUUCCCUUUUCUUGGGUUAAGAGUUGAAAGAAGGGGGGCCCCAUUCGAUGGGGGUCCACGAGAAGGUGGGGAGAGAGAGAGAGAGAGAGAGGAGCAGGAGGCAUGGGGGGGCACUAAAGUGUGUGACCAAUGCCUAAUAAAAUGCUAGAAAACGUUUGCUUAAAUGUUGGCUCAGAAGAGACGUUCUUUCUUGGCGAAUGUUGCUGAGCUGGUCAAAUUCUUGUGAAAUGUUCCCUCGUGAUACUUGAACUGCUCUGAAAAGUGUUGAUAAAACAAGAAAGUUUUGGGUUUUGCUUUGUUUUUAAAGUGCCACUGAGCGUGUGCAGAGUGCUUUUCCGUGCCUGGGGCUGGUCCUGGUUCUCUAUGGAAAGGGUAGCACUUGUGUGGGUGAGGUAACUUGGCUGGAGAGGGGUAGUGAGAUCUCUUGAAUGCUGGUGGGGAGAAUUAAUCGCCAAUAUGGCCAGAUGAGAAGAAAAUGGUAGUUUUCAAGGCUGCCUACCCCCCUGCUUGGCAUGGUUAACACUGGAGGUUUAUAACCAUGUAGUUGUGUGUGUGAAACAAGGGACACAGGUGGUGCUGUGGUCUAAAUCACUGAGCCGAGGGCUUGCCGAUGAGAAGGUCGGCGCUUUGAAUCCCUGCGAUGGGGUGAGCUCCCAUUGCUCAGUCCCUGCUCCUGCCAACCUAGCAGUUCGAAAGCACGUCAAAGUGCAAAUAGAUAAAUAGGUACCACUCUGGCGGGAAGGUAAACGGUGUUUCCGUCCACUGCUCUGGUUUCGCCAGAAGCGGCUUAGUCAUGCUGGCCACAUGACACGGAAAAACUGUCUGCGGACAAAUACUCCCUCGGCCAGUAAAGCGAGAUGAGCGCUGCAACCCCAGAGUUGUUUGCGACUGGACUUAACUGUAAAGGGUCCUUUACCUUUACCUUUUUGUGUGUGUGAAAGGGGGGGAGUCCUAUUCCAGGUCAUUUCCUCCCCAGACAAAUGUGAGGUGACCGAAUUCUUGGAGGAAAGGAGGCAAAUUUAGGGGGAAAGAGUUUUCCCCCAGGACUGAGGGAAUUGCCAGAAGUUUUUGUGUCUCAGGCACCUCCUUGAAACCCCUGACCCAGCCACCCCCACUACACCAUAAAAAGAGCAAUAAUUUAUGCAGAGGAAAAGUUAAAGGAAGCAUAUCGUUCCCAAUGGGAAAAAGGAGGCAAAUUCUAAGGCAAUUAAUGCUGAUGAAGCCCAGAGCCCCAAAUUAUCAGUCCUUCAGAGUUGCCAGAGAGACCCCCAGAAGACCUUGGCAAAGUGCAGCUCUUGGACCCCUCUGUGCCCCCCAAAACGCUGUUUGGCCCGCUGUCCAGUUCUGCCUCUCAGCAGGUUUUCAUUCCCUUUAAGCCAGGGGUCAGCAACCUUUUUCAGCAGGGGGCCAGUCCACUGUCCCUCAGACCAUGUGGUGGGCUGGACUAUAUUUUGAAGGGGGAAAGAAGAACGAAUUCCUAUGCCCCACAAAUAACCCAGAGAUGCAUUUUAAAUAAAGGGACACAUUCUAUUCAUGUAAAAACAUGCUGAUUCCCGGACCGUCCGCGGGCCAGAUUGAGAAGGUGAUUGGGCCGCAUCCGGCCCACGGGCCUUCGGUUGCCUACUCCUGCUCUAAGCUCUCUGUUCCCUCUGCCGGGGCUUCUUCAACCUGGCCAGUUUCCUCAGAAAAGGCCUGAGGCAGCUGGCAAUGGCCGCCCUCUCCCUCCUCUCUUCUUCCCUCAGGAGAAGAUCGGCAAGAUGAAGGCCAGCGAGGCCAAGCUGGAGCUGGAGAAGCGUCGCCUCAAAGACAUCUUGGAUGCCUCUGAGAGCCGUAGCACCAAGUUGGAGCUCCUGAGGCGGUCGCUGGAGGGCGAGCUGCAGAGGUCCAAGCUGGUGCUGAGCGACCGCGAGGCGGAGAUCCAAGGGCUACAUGACAGAAUUGACAUCCUACAGAGACAGGUGACUCCCCUCAAGCCGUCCUGAUCAGCCUUGCCUGCACUGACUGGCAGCAGCUGUUCUCUGGGGCCUCUGAGAGGAGGGUGGCUGGGUGGGCAGGGUCCCUCUUGCAGGUGCUUCUGGGGAUGAAGCCAGGAGCUCCCUGGUCAGAGCCUGGAAGGCUUCUUGAGAUCACAGGAGUUGGCAGCCGGCUCUGCUUGGCCGCAGUUUGUGAACAGGGCAUGCAACCGGCAAGUGGGGAAGAGGAUUUCUUUGGCUGCCACCUCUCAAGAGCCAUUGGGACACUGCUUCUAUACCCUCCAACAUUUCUCCAAAGAAAAUAGGGACGUCCUAUUCAAUAAAGCCCUAAGCAGCCUCAGCCCAGUAUACCUGAAGGAGCAUCUCCAUCGUCCAGCCCAGACACUGAGGUCCAGCUCCGAGGGCCUUCUGGUGGUUCCCUCCCUAUGAGAAGCGAAGUUGCAGGGAACCAGGCAGAGGGCCUUCUCAGUAGUGGUGCCCGCCCUGUGGAACGCCCUCCCACUAGAUGUCAAAGAAAUAAACAACUAUCUGACUUUCAGAAGACACCUGAAGGCAGCCCUGUUUAGGGAAGUUCAUAAUGUUUGAUGUUUUAUGAUGUUUUUAAUAUUCUGUUGGGAGCUGCCCAGAGUUGCUUGGGAAGCCCAGCGAGAUGGGCAGGGUAUAAAUACCUCCUCUUCCUCCUCCUCCUUCUAGCCCACCUAUCUGACUAGGUUGUCCCAGCCUCUCUGGGUGGCUUCCAAUAUACAGUAGUACCUCAGGUUACAGACGCUUCAGGUUACAGACUCUUCAGGUUACAGACUCUGCUAACCCAGAAAUAGUACCUUGGGUUAAGAACUUUGCUUCAGGACGAGAACAGAAAUGGUAUGGCGGCGGCGGGAGGCCCCAAUAGCUAAAGUGGUACCUCAGGUUAAGAACAGUUUCAGGUUAAGAACGGACCUCCAGAACGAAUUAAGUUCUUAACCCGAGGUACCACUGUAUAUAAAAACAUAAUAAAACAUUAAACUUAAAAAAACAACACUUCCCUAUACAGGGCUGCCUUCAGGUGUCUUCUAAAGGUUGUAUAGUUAAUUCUCUCCUUGUCUUGGGUGUGUGUGUGUGUGUUGCAUAACUCCUUUUCCUCCUACAUUUCUCCGAUGAAAAUAGGGACGUCCUAAGGGAAAGCGGGACAUUCUGGGAUCAAAUCGGAAACCGGGACAGCUUCUGUAAAUCUGGGACUGUCCCUGGAAAAUAGGGACACUUGGUGGGUCUGAACCGGGCAGCCUAAUCUGUGUCCUCUCCCACCCCCCAGGUGUCUGAGGCAGAGCAGAAGGCCAGUGCACUGCAGCUGUCCUUAGACCGCCUCAGUCUCUCUCUGGCGAAGGCUACGGAGGCCGAGAGCUCCCUGAAGGAGAAGGUGCAGGGGCUCAGCGCCUCCCUCUCUGAGAGCCAAAACAGUGCCAGCUCAGCCCAGGAGAAAGUGCUGCAGCUGCAGAAGGCCCUGGCGGCCAGUGAGCACGACCGGAGGGUCUUGCAGGUAAGGGGGCUGAUCAGCAGAGUGCCAGGCAGGCCCUUGGGCUGCAAUUCGCUGCCUCCUCGCCCUGGGUUGGCUCCACUGGUAAGUCCCCCCACCCCAAGAAGGGCAGGCGAGGCAGCAGAAUGGGGGAAGGGGGAUGGCUUCACAACAAGAACCCAUGUCCACGUUGUUGCAUGUUUCAGGAGCGGCUGGAUGCGGCCCGCCAGGCCGUCUCGGAAGCCAAGAAGCAGAACGGGAUCCUCUCUGAGCAGCUCCAGGCAAUGAAGGGGCAGCAGGGGGAGUUGGAGCUGCAGAAGGAAGAGCUGGAGGGGCUGGUCAAGCAACAGGAAGAAGUGAGUCCCUGGCCCUCCCCACCCCUGGGCAGAGCAUGGGGUUGGGGGGGGUUGGAGGAGAGAACCCCAGCUGAACACUUAGGGGGCAGCGGCAGAAGGUUCCCCCAGCAAAAAUACUCCAGGGAAAAUGGAAUUCUGCGACCUGCUGCGCAAAUUCCGCCAGGCGUGCAUAAUACAACGCAGAACGGUUUUAUUGCUUGGGAAGUACCGUAUUUUUCGCUCCAUAAGACGCACGUUUUUCCUACUAAAAAGUAAGGGGAAAUGUCUGUGCGUCUUAUGGAGCGAAUGUGUGGUCGAUCACUUGCUCCCUUUCCGGCCCCGGCCCCUUGCCCAGACCUCCAUUGCUGAAUGUUCUGCAGACGGAGGCCGUUUGUUUCCCCAGCGACAUGUGAGUGGCUGAUUAGAUUAUCUGUCUGGAAACUGUAGAGACGGCUCCCUUUCCUUUCCUAAAGAAGUUGCAGAACUGUGAGUUGAACCCCAUAAAAACAGGUUUUUUCCCUUUGCAAAGUACCAUAUUUUUCGCUCUAUAGGACGCACUUUUUCCCCUUCAAAAAUGAAGGGGAAAUGUGUGUGUGUCCUAUGGAGCGAAGACGCCAUAGCCCCGCGACCCUCUCCCGGCUGGAGAGGUGAGGCGCGGCUAUGGCAGGAGCCUCUCCGCUGCGCCUUUCCACUGCUCCCAGACCUGCUCUUUGGGGCUGGUGGUGGGCUUCCCCCCGCCAGCCCCAAAGAGCAGGUUGAAAGGAACCUGAAGCCUGGAGAGCGAGAGGGGUCUGUGCACACCGACCCCUCUCGCUCUCCAGGCUUCCAAGGUAGCCGCCUGAACUCACCUUAAACGGCACCUUGUUUUAGAGCGGGAAAACAAGAGGGGGGAAAUUCUCCCCCUCUCUGCGCAGCGCCUCCUGCCGCUUCGCUGAAGGGGCGCUGGGCAGAGAGGGGGAGAAUUUUUUUUCUUGUUCUCCCCCCUCUAAAACAACGUGUGUCCUAUUAUCCGGUGCGUCCUAUGGUGCGAAAAAUACGGUAAGCUCAAGAACUUUGAGCUGAUUCUCAAAAGAAGGGGCUUUCCCUCUUUGAAAAAGAAGCCACACAACUUUGAGCUGAUCCUCAAAAAAUGGGGCUUUCCCCCUUUCCUUCUCUAAAAACUAGGUGCGUCUUAUGGUCUGGUGCGUCUUAUGGAGCGAAAAAUACGGUAGCUGUAGAACUUCCUCCUGAGGUCCCAGCAGGGUCUGGCAGACUCGAGCCUGAGAUGUUUUCGUCGGGAGUUUUUUUCAUGGAAGUUUGGGGGGUGGGAUCCUGUGCCCAGAGCCGGGCCUCCCCACCCCUGAGCCUCCCACCUGUUGCCCCAGAGGCACUGUGUGGUUUGAACCAGGCAGGUGGGCAGGGGUGGAGGGAGCUGAAUGGUCCCGUCAGGGCGACCUGCAGAGCUCCGCAUUGCCUUUCUCUCCUCCCUUCCAUUGCAGCUGCUGCGCCAGAGCCAGGAAAGCGAGACCAUUGGCCUGCGGAGCCUGCAGAAGGUGCAGGGCGACAGGCGCCUCUUCCAGGAGCGCGUCAGCAGCCUGCAGCGUGCCUUGGCGCAGCUGGAGAACGAGAAGCGGGAGGCGGAGCGCUCGUCCCUGCGCCUGGAGAAGGACAGGAAUGCCCUCAGGAAGACCCUCGACAAGGCAAGCCCCUCGGGGUCCGAGCAGAAGGGAGGGCAGGGGCCAGUGCGAUGGGCAGGUGGUCUCUCGGAGCUUGCCUUCCUUCUGAAAGAACAGCUUGAGCAUGCGCAGAGGGCCUUUCUGUGAAGAAACACAUCCACAAGAGGCAGCGGGGGGUAGGGGGCGGGCGCUCGGCUUCCUGACACCUCUGCUUUGACCCCCCCCCCCAGGUGGAGCGGGAGAAGCUGAAGACCCACGAGGACUCUGUGCGCCUCUCUGCUGAAAAGGGCCGCCUGGACAGGUCCCUCGCCAGUUUGGAGCAGGAGCUGACAGAGGCUCAGCAACAGAUCCGGCUCCUUGAGGUAACGACUCUCCCUGCCCCCCAGUGAAGGUUUUCCUCCCUCCCACAGCUGACUCAAAUGUUCCAGUCUGUCUGGGGGAAUGUGCAGAAGUGACCACCAUACCAAGAACUAAGACACUUCAUUGGCAACUCUUUCCGUUUAAAAGAAGUCAUUCUCAAGAUGGUAAAUUUUGUACCCAGUCCCUCUGUCUGUGGUUGCCUUGUAGGAGCUUGGUCACAUCUCCUUUCUCCCUCUGCUGCAGAGGUCCUAGGCACACCUACUCAGGAGUAGGCCCCUUCCCAAGUGGUCUCUGUGGGGUUUCCUCCUUGGGAAAUCUGACUCGGAUACCUGGCCAGGCUCUGCUCCCCGCUUUUAGGCGACGCUCGAAUUUCCCAACUCAAAUUUCCUCCAUUCCGAUUGGUGUGCUCAACUGCUUUCUCUCCUUUGAUUGGGCUGCCUUCACCCUGGAGAAGAAGCUUGGCAUCAUCCGGAGGACCCUAGCGUGGAGUCCUGGUGCCCUUCAGCAGGGGGGCCGGUCUACUGUCCCUCAGACCUUGUGGGGGGCUGGACUAUAUUUUUUUGGGGGGGGGAGAAUGAAUUCCUAUGCCCCACAAAUAACCCAGAGAUGCAUUUUAAAUAAAAGGACACAUUCUACUCAUGUAAAAACACGCUGAUUCCCGGACAGUCCGCAGGCCGGAUUUAGAAGGCGAUUGGGCUGGAUCCAGCCCUUAGUUUGCCUUACCCAUGAUCUAGUGCAACCCCCUGCAAUGCAAGAAUACGCAGCUGCCCCUUGCAGGGAUCGAACCUGCAGCCUUGGUGUUAUCAGCACCACGCUCUAACCAGCUGAGCUAUCCAGCUGCCUUGGCUAGGAGGAGACAAGGAGCCCUGUCUCUCUCCACAAGGAGUUUGGAAGGGGGAAGAGAGAACAGCCUGCCGGUUCUGCCUUUGGCCCUGUUAAGGAAAUGCAAGCGUUGCCAACCCCACAAGGAGCUAAAGGAUUCAGCAUAGCCCAACUUUGCCUCAUUUCUCUGGUUCAACGACGGAGGGGCCAAAGGAGCUCUGCAGAACGCUGACCAUCCGCCCCCAAUGGGCCUUUGCCUAGGCUGGCAGGAGAUCAGUAGGCACUGCACAUGCUUCUGAGGCUUAUCUCCAGUCUUCAGGACUAGGAACUUGGCUGUCAGUUGAAAGCAGAGGUGGUUGCAACUAUUGAAUUCUGGGAGAUUUGCUGGGGAGGCGGCUGGGUGUCGCAGCAACCAUGAGGCUCGAGAAAGUGCUGGCCCCCCUGGCAAGGUUUUCCUCCACCCUCUCCUUGCCCAGGCACAGGUGGCAGAGUUGGAGCAGGCCCAGACCAGGGUGGACUCCUCGACCCGACACCGGCAGGACCUGCAGUUGGAGGCCGAACGGCUGCGCAGCUCUCAGCUCCAGGCAGAACACACCUUGGAUGCCCGGGAGAGGGCCCACCGGCAGCGGGUCAAGGGCCUUGAGGAGCAGGUGCGCUUCUUUCCCCGCCUCCAUGGCAGUCCGGGUGGUGGGGGUGCUAUGACCACAGGAGGACCCAAAUGACCCCUGAUUCCUGCCUCUCCCACAGAUCUCCACCUUGAAGGAGCAGCUACACCAGGAGGUACGGAAGGGCCAAGCCAAGUUCACCCCUGCAUCCAUUCUCUCGGCACCCUAGGCUGGACAUGCCCACCCCCUGCAAACAGCCCACGUAGGGGGGGUGGGGUAGAGGCCUGUGUCCCACCUUCUUACUACUAAACAAGCUAACCACCAUUUGGCCAGCCUGCUUCUGGGAUCUGCAAACCUCUCCAUUGAUUUGUGUAAAAUACAAAUGGCAGGGUUUCUUUUUUCCUCGGCUGUUUGCUCAGAUCUGACCGAUUCAGAUUAAUAGGCUGAAGUUCAUUCAUUCCAGUGGGUCUACUCUGAAUAGGACUAAUGUUGGCCACAAGCCUCUCUUUUUAUUUUAAUUGACGCCUAUUCGGACUGCAUCUGGAACUCCUCCCUUCAGCUCACCAUUGCAAAGAGAUGCAUUUUGUCGCAAAUAGCGCUAUUCUUCCCCCUGCCCCAUGGGCAGCUGUGGGACUCGUGAGGGUGCAGGCAAAGCCCUGCAGGGAGAGGGGCCUGAGAGGAGACACAUGUCAAUCCGUCUAGGUUGAUGUUUCCUCCCUUUCUUAAAUGUGACCAAGGUGGUGGUGGUCGUUGUUGUUGUUUUUUACCAAAAUGCUCACACUAAUCGUGUAUGUAUAUAUUUCUCUUUCUUUGGUUCUUUGUGUAACCGUUAAUCAACGAACGUAGAAACUUUUUAUAUUUUUAUAUUUCUGGUGGUGUUUGUUAUUAUGGAUAAAUGUGGACAAGAAUAAAAACCUCCUCUUCUCACACCUGGUUGGUUCUUGGAGGAAAGAAAUUGCAAUACUUCGGAGUUUGUUUUAUUUAUUUAAACGUUUUGUAGAAAAGUAGGGAGGGGGAAUCAUACAAAAAGCAGGCAUACAGCUAUGGGGGAAGUAAAAACAGCUGCACCCUGACCUUUGGUUGCACUUCAUGGUGGUGGGGAAAUGGAAAUGGGGGUCUUAAUAGCCCCUUGGCCCUCCUAGUGGUUUUUAAUAUCCCACCGGCCCCUGCAGAGCCCGUGAAUCACGGGUUGAGCUGCUUUCCCUCUAGCACCGUUUUUUAAUUAAAAAAAAAGUAAUGAAAAUUAAACACACUAGACUAUGAAUGUGCACAAGGUGGGACUCUGC